UGUCAUCAGAGGGUAUUUUUGGGGACAGCAGCUGCAGGCAUUUGUAACGUCGAGUCGCUGCUCUCAGACGCCUGGUGAGCAGGGCAGCAGAGGAGGAGGCCAGGGACCCACAGUAUGUGAGGGGCAGAGGGUAGGUGUGUGGGGAAGUGGUGCAGGAUUGGCAGACUGGCAGCAGGGAUGCCCAGUCUGAGGCGCCGUGGUACAGAAAGAGAGAGAAGAACGAAGGAGAGCAGCUGGCAUGAGGAUAGAUGGAUGGAUGGGCAAGUGGAAAUCGUCUGACUGGAGGAGGAGGAGCUGAUCGAUUGACAGAGUGGGGCAGUCAUAAAGUGGAUGCACAAGGUGGCUUGAGGUUAGUGGAUGCCGGAAGGAAGGCAGGCCGGUCCCCUCACAGCCCCUUACGAGGUAAGUGUCAUGGUGGGGAUAAAGGGGAAGGAGCUGGAGGGAGGCAAAGUUAUGGUGGCGGCAGUGGUACUCUGGAGCUGCUGUGAGUGGUGAUGGCUCCUCCAAGAUCCUAGUUACUGAGGGAUGAAUCAGAUGAGAAAGUAUUGGGGCUGGCUUUGGGAUACCAGCACAAACCACAGCACCAAGAGCCUGGCUAACCUGAAGCCUGGAGAUGGUGGUGGUGUGUGUACAUGCUCAAGGUGAUGAUAAUAACCCAGAGCCUUGCUUUGAAGCAAACCCUUUCUCUCCAUCCUGUCCCUGCCACUGACUCUAGUACACAGCACACAGACAUUCUCUUCUCAUCCCCCAGCUUCUUCUGUGCGAAGAGGAUGUUCACACAGAAAACCGGAGCCUUUUGAGUGAGAGCUGGAGGAAAAGAGAAGGCUCUCUGGAAUGUUCUCCCUCCCUCCAUGGGGUGUCAGCCUGUUAUCAGUGAAACAUUACACAGAACAGGAUAGGGCAGGAAUGCAUAUUGCGGGCCCUCUGGGGGCUGGCGUGGCGUUUGGGCACAGAAAGCAAGCUGUGAGGUGCCCAGUUCAAAUCUCGCCUCAGACUCUAUGCUCUUUCUGAGUGGUCCUUGAGAAUCCACUAUCCUCUUAGCCUCAGUUCCACCCCCUCCCCUCCCACACUGUGUGGAUGAUAAUACUGACCUACUUUAUAGUUGGUGGAUGGCAAAAACACUAGAGAUACGUUGGAUGAAGGAAUAAUCAGUCUCAUUUAACAUGAUCAUCCCCAUCUUCAUGGACUGGUGGCAUUGGAACUGUCUCAUAGCCAUCCUGGACCAGAGUGGGGAAUCCUGGGUCUUCCCUCCCAUGACUUGUGUGUCUUGGGGUCAUGAAGGGGGGGCAGAAUAGAGUUGCAUGUAUACAUGAUGCUUCUUCCCAGAUUUCUAUGAAUACCCACAAAAUGAAGCCCUGUCUCUCCAUUCAUUCCCCUCUGAUUGACACAUAUACAUUAUACGGUAUGUGUGAGCUAUCUUGAGAUGUCCAAAGAGAGAGCAGAAUAAAAGUCUGAUAGGACAGCACUUCAUGGUGGGUGCAACUGCAGAAAGGAAAAAGGGUCACCUCUUCAGGAGGCGUAGAAUUGCACACCGAGACCAUGUGUCUGCCCCUGACCUUGGCCUGCUGCCAGCAUGGAGCAGCUGCUGAGAUUAGGGCAAGGGGAGAAUUUGAUGGACUCCGCCUGCCCAAAGAGCAUUUGUUGAUAUCUUAUUUUGUCCAGAGGACCUGCCCACAGGAUCAUAGGGGCCAGAAGGUAGUCCAGUACCCUGUCCUACUUACAGCAGAAACCUUCUGCUCAUUAAUUCCCUACAGGCUAACCUAAACCAUACAGGCCUAGCACAGGGCACAAAAGGGCCAGCAUCACUGAAGCAGGUUGGUACAAAAUGGGAUUAUCUGGUGGGAUUGGCCUGGAGGCACAACCAAAGGAAGCCAGUGGUGGUGAGAGCAGCAUGGGUGGGUCGAAUGCCUCUGGCCUCCAUCUGCCAUGUGAUAGCUUCACUGGCUGCUGAAGAAAGGUUGGAUAGCAGUGUGAUAAAAAUAUGGGUAGGAUAAGUGAUCGCAUGGCCACUUGCCUGCUUGCCAAACUGAGUUCUGAUCCACUUAAACAUCACAAUUGGGUUGAGUGAGCUGAAUCGCAGGGAAGGUCUCCUUCCCCGUCCUUCACCCCAGCUUCUCCAGCAAUGGUUCUUUCUUCAUCUCUGUAGGUCCCUGGCCUCAGCUGUAUCCCGAGUGUGCCAACCAUGGAUGCCUUUGGGGGAGCUCCCCGAUUUCUCACCUACCCCCGUACUUUUACAGUGCCGAGUGGCACCAAUGCGGUCCUGAAAUGGCAGGUAGCUGGUGAGCCACGUCCCAGCGUCGCCUGGGAGAAAGAUGGCUCUGUGCUGGACCUGCCAUCAGGGCGGAUGUUGGUGGAGGCUGAUGGGGAUGCGUACAGCCUGCUGGUGUAUCAGGCUGGUCCAGCGGACAGCGGGCGCUAUGUGUGCAAAGCUAAGAACAGUGUGGGUGAAACCUACGCAGCUGCUACUCUCAAAGUGGAGGCAGCAGAGCUGAAACCCAAAGGAGAGCUUGACAUUCAACCUCCGGUCUUCCUGAAUAGGCCGGUCUCUGCACGCGUGACCAGGGGAGAGGAUGUGACCUUUGCCUGCAGGGUCUCGGGGGAGCUUGAGUGGGAAAAGGAUGGGUGGAAACUGUCAGACAUCUUUGAGAGCAGCCAUUACAAAGUGGGCAGAGAGACUGGUGACUGGCACUCUCUGCACAUCUAUAACACCCGUCUCCCAGAUGCCGGUGUUUAUGUAUGCCGGGCACAGAACAGUUUUGGAGAAACCAUGGCUGCAGCUGUGCUCCUGGUGGAUUCUGUAGCAUGUGUUCCCCACAGUGACGCAUUUACACCCCAGAACAGCCAUUUCAAGAAGCAGCUGGAGGCACAAGAUGAAAAGUGGAGGGGGCAUCAUCCUGGGCAAAAGGUGUCGUCAGAAUCCAGGCAAAACGGAGAAGUGCUUCCUAGCCCACCCACGCCAAAGGCCUUUACCGUCAAUGAAGGGAAGCACGCCAAGUUUCGCUGCUAUGUAACCGGGAAGCCCAAGCCGGAGAUCGUCUGGCAGAAGGAUGGGAUGGUCCUGUCCCCUGGAAGGAGACACUUGCUCUACGAGGACAGGGAGGGCUACUUUAUCCUCAAGGUGCUAUACUGCACAGCUCGGGAUUGUGGCCUCUAUGUAUGCACAGCCUGCAACACUGCUGGCCAGACACUCAGCGCUGUGAGCCUCCAUGUCAAAGGUGCGUACACUGUGGGGAGGGGGGACAGAGGGGUGGGUGUCUGAAUCCAGGAGUCAGAACAAGAAGGGCGCUUGGCAUGUGGGAGGGCAAAGCCUGAACAAUUAUGGGCGCCUCUAAGGGACAGAAGAAGGAGUUGAUCUAGUUGAAAACAGGGGAGCCUGUUUUCAACAGGAUUAAAGUAUUAGAGGCAGGACAACCCCUUGAGGUUGUAGAAAAGCAGAGACAGGGUGGAGUGGUGGGUGUUACAGCAUAAAUUCUGAGUUUUGAGUUAAAAGUAAACCCUUCCUCUUACACACCUUUCAACAUUUCUCUGAUGAAAAUAGAGAUGUCCUAUUCUAUUAUUAUUAUUAUUCCCCGCCUACUUGACUGGUUUGCCCCUAUCACUCUGAGGAGCUUCCAACAUAUAUAAAAGCAUAAUAAAACAUAAAACAUUAAAAAAAAACACCCUUCAACAUUUCUCUGAUGAAAAUAGAGAUGUCCUAUUCUAUUAUUAUUAUUAUUAUUAUCAUUAUUCCCCGCCUAUCUGACUGGUUUGCCCCUGUCACUCUGAGGAGCUUCCAACAUACAUAAAAGCAUAAUAAAACAUAAAACAUUAAAAAAAACCCUUCCCUAUACAGGGCUGCCUAUGGGGAUAGCAUAUAUCCAUACCCUCCUACAUUUCUUUGAUGAAAAUAGGGGCAUCCUAAAGAAAAGUGGGACAUUCUGGGAUCAAAUUAGAAACUGGGAUGGCUUCUGUAAAUCUGGGAAUGUCUCUGGAAAACAGGGACACUUGGAGGGCCUGGUCUUAGAUUAUGGAACCCAUUAUGCCUGCAUGACCUCUGAUCCACCCUUGCCCUAAUGAGAAUGAUGAACCAAGCAGCCAAUUGCUCCAGGCUGGGAGAGUACAGACAGCUUAUUAUGUAAAAUAAGAACCGUGAUGCAAUAAAGAAGUACAAGCUCCAGAGUUAGCAGUUCACUUGCCAGAGGGGGGACAGGCCUGGAGCCAAAGCGGUCUCAUGUGGAACUCCUAUGGCCUUCUCUUUUGGGCCUGAGAGACAGUAGCAGACUCAAAGGCCACUGUAAGCGUGGUGGGUACUGCUCCCUGCUUGUUGUCUGCUUUUAUGCUGAGGUGUCUGGGUGACCCUUCUGGGACAUUCCUGGAAGCCUUGCCAGGAAUGGGGAGUGUAUGCCACUCGCCACUGACAGUGCCUAUGAAGUGCUGAGUAGUUUGGGUAGUAGCCAGAGAGACCAGGUCAAAUGCCAAGUGCAGGGCUGAACAUGAAAUAUUUCCCAUCCGGAAGGAGGAGACAUGGCAUGUGAGAUAGCGGUCCUAGAACAUAACUCGGCAGGAUAUUCUUCCAUCUUGCAAGAAGAACUAUAGUCCUUUUUACACAUACAAUGAAUGUGUGCAGAAAUUACUCAAGUAAUCAAGAGGUGUGUGUAGGUGGGGCAGGGGGGUAGGAUAAUAUCUGCAGCUUUUGUGCCUGCUCACUUGAACUGUAGCCUUUUUAGCAACAACUGCACAUUGACAAAUCUUCGGAGUUAUGUGCCUACAAGCUAUAAGCCCAUGGGAUUUUUCUCCAGAAUUACUGAUCAACACAUAGAAGUUGAGUGUGUGUGAAGGCAAUGGGCACAAUCCCCUCUUUUACCCAUGGAUUCUACUCAAUUUUUUGAGUGAAGGAGGCUCUUGGUGGCUCAGAGAACUGAAGGAGAUUUUGUUUGCUGGCUAGCAGGAUAGUGAGGCCUAGUUACACAACGGCAGAUGAGGUGGAAAUACUCCUGGAUUGUAGGUGGGGAUUGCAGGACUGAGUCCUCCUCUAUUGCACAUACAACCCAAGAUGUCAAGCUGAAAAAUUAAUGUCCAGCUUGCUACUAAAUCCAUUUAAAAAAUAAAAAUGGAUGAGCAUUCGGUGCCGGAUUACCAAGUAGGCACUGGCCUAUGGGCCCUAUGCCUUUUAGGGGCCCCGUGAAAACAGAUCAAAAUAAUAUUGAUUUGAUUUUGAAAGGAAAUUACAAAAACAUAUUAGGACACAAUUUGUGGGCCCCCCACCCCCCGUUCAACUGCCUAGGCCCUAGAGGCCUCCACAGGGUUUAAUCCAGUGCUAUGAGCAUUUAGUCAUGUGAUCUUCCACCUGCGGUUUGAAGUGGUUUUUACUGUUUUGUCCUGCUGUUGAACUAGACCUCUGCCUCAGAAAGGAUGUUGAGGGGAAAGGUCUGCCAGUGCCAGGGUCAACAACAGCCCGCUCUUUGUCAGACCUGGAAAUUGGGCUAUGUUUGGCCUUGGGCUGCCCAUAGUUCUUGGUGCUGCCACAGCAGAAGUAAGAAUUCCUUGUAGAAGCUGCUGGCCACCCCUGGACAUUUGUGGACUGGUAUGGGAUAAUUCAUACUAAUGCAUGUCAUAUUGGCUAAAAUGAGGGCAAAGUGUGACAAGGGGGAGAAAGGAGGGUGUGCUUAAAAAAAAAGUUUUUCGAAGUGUGACAGCAUUUAUGGACGGGCCCAUUCUUUGAUGGCUUGAAGCCCUUAAUUUUGAAGAGGGUUCCAAGGAGAUCAAGGGAGAUGAUGAUAAAGGCUCUGCUGAGUUGUGCACUUUUGUUUAGCCUGGAGAGCAGAAUCUGGGAGGUGGAUGCAUGAUAACAGGCUUCAGUUAUACGUCAAAGGCUGUCCUUAAUAAGAAAUGAACCAACUGUUCUCUGAACCUGCUGAGGGUCAGGCAAGAUGAGAAAUGGGCUUUACAAGGCGGGGGGUGGGAGCAGGGGUGAGAGAUUGAAUACCAGGAAGGUUUUUCUGUCCAUAAGAAUAGCCACGCAAUGGAACAUGUUACCCAGAGAGUUUGAAGUGCCUGCAUUCUUGUUGUUGUUUUUUGUUUUUAAAUAGUUGAAACAUCUGUCAGGACGGGAGCCUGAGUGGAUAAAGGAUGGAAAGAAAAAAUCCCCUCAGAAGAAGCAGAGAAAGAGAGAUGGCUAGUUGUACAGAGGAACUGAGUGGGCCAACUGUGGCCCAUUAAUAAUAAGUUGAAUAAGUUAUUGUGGCAUGCUGGUAAACAGAAGGGAAACAUAAUACAGAUUGUUUAAAGCCUAGAUUAAGCAAAUAGUAGAUGAGGCAGUACAACUGUUCCCUGACUGUACCCCUUCAGAUUGAAUUAAAUGUUUAUUUUAUCACCAUCAUUAUUAUUAUUAUUUAAAAUUGCAUACUGCUAUAUCAUUAAAAAAAAUCAAAGCAGUUUACAGCAAUAAAACCAUAAAACCAUACAAUAAAACCAUAAAAACUAUAUAAAGCACUCUUUGCUCAUAGAAAAUGGGACAUGAUAGAAAAGUGUUACAGCCUGCCAUUUCCCCUGAAAUGCUAGCUUUCUUUGGGUGUGGGAGGGGUGGGGGUUUGCCCAACUGAAGUGGCUCAAUCAGGAUUAGUUUUACCACCUCACUGCUUGUGUUGACCUGGACCAACCAGAACAUUAUUUCUAGGGGGAAUUCCCUUUAAAACAUGACACACAUUUUAAAUGAUUAUUUGUUGUUAUCUGUCUUAAUGUCUUCUCAUCCAGGGCUUAAUCUUUGCUAGGCCUCAGUCCUGACAUCUAUUCUCAGUUCUGAGAUCUUUGGAUGAAGGGCGAUAUACAAAUUUAAUAAAUAAUAAGAAUAAGAAUAUAGGGUGCUGCCUUAUACAGAGACAGGCCAUUAGUUCAGAACAGUCUGCCCUAACUAGAACCAGUUACCCAGGAUUUCAAACUGGGGCUGGGCUUUAUUUCAGCUGGAACUUGCCGGAACUCAGUUCCAACACCUCCCAGGUGGGGCCUUUGCCAUUAUAAGAGAACAAGAGAGGCGUUCAUGGUGAGUUCUGGCACCUUUUUUAUUAAAAAAAGAGCACUGGACAGGGGUAUCUCCAUGGAGAUUCCGGGUGAUUGAGUCGGAGGCCUUCUGGAUGCAAGGCACAUACUUUUCCACUGAGCUAUGAACAGGGGUGGACUUUGGUAAUAUGGUGCCCUGAGCAAUGACAAAUUUUGGCACCCCCUCCCAAAUAAUUCAUCUUUUCACAAUAAUUCCUUUUGCAAUAGUUACUUUUUAAAUAGAUAUUCUCAAUAUUAUUAUUAUUAUUAUUUUGCGCCUCCUCAGCUUGGCGCCCUGUGCAAGGGAACCACCCACACCGCCCUUAAUCCAGUGCUGCUAUGAGAAAAGAUGAAACUUCUUACCAGUUGGGUGCAAAGUAUAUUAAUCUUAUCACUGAGUAACCUUAUAGAAACCCCAUGCAUUGGAGAUUAAGGGGAAGGACUUCCAGACAAAAGGAUAUUAUUUCCAGACUGACUUGAGCCUGGCGUCUUUUUGUCCUGAAAUUAAUCACUGAGCUCAGCUGUGCCAUCAAAGCAACCCCUGCCUGUUCUUCCCAGAGCAAUUUGCCCUUGCUGUUUCCCACAUUUCCAUCUCUGUGUUGCAUUCCCUUGGGCUGCUGUGUGGGUGGCAGGUGUCCCUUUGCACUGGGACCCGGAUAGCUGACAGCAAAGAGAUUCAGUGUGAUAGAUACCACAUGCCACCCACUUAGCACUCUGCCACUUCUCAGAAUAACCCUUGGUAGGAGAACCUGGUUGCCCUCCCCCCAAUUCUACAUUCCAAUUCUGCUUCCCAAUUCUGCAGGCAAAGGAAGGGCAGGUACUAGCUGAAUAUUCCUCAGUACCUUUCCUCAGGGCCCCACAGCAGCUUUACAAACAAUUGAGUUAAACCUUUCAUGUUUAUCUAGUCCCUUUUUCAGUUUGAUGGCAAAACAUUCCAGAAAGAAUGUGGGCAGGAGAUAACCAUUAGUGCUUGUUAAAACAAUUAUGUUUAAACCCUCACAUUCAUAUUCCCUUUCAAGGUUUGAUGACAAAAUAUUCUAGAAAGAACAUAGGCCGGGGAGAUUACUAUCAUGUUUGUUAAAACUGCCUUGUGCAUUUGUAAAUGUUGAGAUUCAGUAUUCAUUAACGCCUCUGUUCAUCUUACUGAUUAUUCCAUGUGGCAAAGCCCCAAAAAGAUUAACUAGUUACGGACACUUUCUCAUGAUGGAUGGGGGGGGGGUCAGUGGGUAUCACAACACCAAGAAAAUGUGACGUGGUGCUCAGCUCUUUGGUCUUCCCAAGCUCUAGAAAGAAGAACCAGAUAGGGGUUUCUGGGCUGCAAAUGUGCUUGAUGGUUGAAGUAGGAGCCCAGCCAAAUGGAGAGGAGAAAAUAUUAGUUGUGUUGGUUGUGAAACAAAACACAAGGAAGCCAGAGGGCUGAGGCAGGAGGGCUGUGGCAACAACAAAGGAAUGGACCUUUGUCAGGGAGAAGCUUGAUAUUUUCUGGAUCCCAGCACCCUGACUCUUUUCCUCAGCUCUGGGACCCUGAAGAUUUCAGUUGUCUCUGUGGAGAUGGUCCUUUUCUUAUGUUCAGGUUUCCACAUACAUUCAGGUCCGUCUUUAUCUCUUUCUCACAGAACCCCGACUGCGGUUCCAGGCACCGUUGGUGGAUGUGGAAGUGCUGGAGCGCCAGGAUGCAGUCUUAGAGUGCCAAGUACCUCUGGAGACCAUCCCUACAGCGUGGUAUCUUGAAGACAAGCGCCUGCAGCCCAGCCCCAAGUACCUGAUGGAGGAACAGGGCCUGUUGCGGCGGCUGACAGUGCGGGAUGCCCGGGCUGACGACGAUGGCAUUUAUCUGUGUGAGAUGGAGGGCAAGGGCCGCAGCGUUGGGGAGCUGUCAGUGCAAGGUGAGGAGAGUUUUGGAGUCAUGUGUGGCUAUGAUAGAGGCUCUUCUUUCUGUGCUAACUGUCCAAACUCUUCCUUCAGGUCUGAUUGUGAAGCGGUUGCCGCGGAAGCUGGAUGUGAUGGAAGGGGAGAAUGCCGCCUUCUACGUGGAGACGCGGGAACCUGUGGAGGCACCGAGUUGGGGCCGUAAUGGUCAGGAACUGGUGGAGGCACCCCAUACCCUCAUUAGAAGCUUUGGCAAAACCCAUCUUCUGGUCCUGGUGCACGUAACACGGCACGAUGCUGGGGUCAUCACUUUCACGGCGGGCGAGUCGCAGACCUCCGCACAGCUCCGUGUCAAAUGUGAGUGGAGAGGAGAGAUGGGGCUAGUUGCAGCAGGAGAAGGAGCAUUCAGCUAGCCACAAAACCCAUUACAUUUGGCCGUUGACACAAACUCCAAUCAUUAGUUUCCUCACUAAAGGAAAAGUUUAUUAUUUCCUGUCUUUCAUCCUGGACUGGAUUGGAAUUGAUAUCCCACAGAAAAUAGAUUUGACAUAUCCCACUCUAGAGUCAAACCAGAUUCACCCAUAAUGAAUAAUAAAAUCAUAGAAUUAUAGAGCUGAAAGUGACCCUGAGGACCAUCUAGUCCAACCCCCUGCAAUGCAGGAAUAUGCUGUAGUGUUCUAGUUGGUAGGCCAGGCCUGGAUCCAGCCUGAUUGAGACUGCCCUGAAUGACGUGGAGUCGGGUCAUGACUGAAUUGUCACAGAAAUUUAAACCAAUAUUCUAAUAAUGACUAACACAUUUCAACCCCUCUUUUGACCUCAGGUUCUGGUUUUGUGCUGUUUUUUAUCCAUUCUCCUAUGAGAGCCCUUCAAAGGUCACACUCUGCCUUUCAGAGGGUGUCACCAGACUGCCAAUAUUUUGCAGGAGGGAUGCAAGCACAUAUCGUGAAAUUUAGGUUUGUGCAAUUAAAGUAGGUUAAAGUGCUAUGUCACCAGAGUGCAACGAACCCGCUUUUUUAAAAAAUGUACUUUUUGUGUUAGGAAAGUGGCAGUAAAUUGCAUUGAAGCAGGUGGAAUGAAUGAAUGAUUAAUGGAAAGUUGUGUAGUAAACACCCUGCAAGCAAAUCAGGAUGAAUAGGAGGAUCAAUGAUCAUUGUUGUAUAACCACCCUGCCAACAUUUUAGAAUGAAUGUUAAAUAAAGACCAGAUAUGAUCUAACCUCCAUGUAAGCUUUGUGCAAGCAAAUCAGGAUGAAUGCUCAAUAAAUAAGUUGUCUAGAGGAGCCCUGAGCAUCUCUAUGCCAGAAUGAGGAUCAAAUUGCUGUAGAAUCACAAGAGAAAGAAAUUGCAGCUAAGCUACAAACUAGCUACUUGUGAGACUUUACAGCUGAAAUCUAUGAAUAACCCUUGAUAAAGAGUUAUUGUACUUGAAACGUCUCAGGAACAAAAUUAAUCAUACAUAGAAGGCUUUGCUGACAGCAGCUGUUUUUGUUUUCUGUUUUUCCUGCUGUCCAACAAUCUAAGCUGCUCCCUGCUCCCUGCUGUAUGCCCCAAUUGUGUGGUUUUUUUGCCUUGAUGGUUUGUUUUGCUAACAGUUUCAGAGGUUGCAAUUGAUCAUGCAAAAGUAGUUGGAAUGGGCAAGGGCUGCUUAAUAUUUUAUCUAGGUGUUUGUUCCUCUCCCAUUCCCUCAAGCUUCAUUCCCAUGCUCUGGAAUGGGGGAGGGAGGACAAGGGUUAAAUAAGCCACCCUAUCUCUCUUCCACUCUUGAUUGCAGCCUCAGAACUGCUUUUCUGUUUAAAACAGAAAAAAACUAACAAAAUCAUACUUUGUGGAAAGGACACACAGCUUUGUUUAAUGUAUAUUUUGGCCCUAGGUCUAUCAAGCAGAUAGGCAGAUUGAGGAUUUUCUUCCCUCCCAAGACACCACUUUUUGGGUUUUAAGAGUGUAAACUGAAUUUGUGUAAAUGUACAUGCUGUUGGCAACAUCACAUUGAAGUGUCUAUUCUGCCAUGUGCACGUGUGAUGAAGAGCUGUAGAAGACUAUUGCUAUUUGAUGCACACACAUUGCCACAAACCAGUUAUGGCCUAGAUAGGGGCUAGAACUGAAACUCAAUCCUAACAAGAUGGAGGUUAAGUAAUUUGUCUAAGAGGCUUCAUGGUAUUCAGUUUGUACUGAAUGGGCUUGUGACCCCUCUAAACUUAAGGAUCAAGUUUGUAGUUUUGGCGAACUCACAAGCUUUGUUACUGGAGAACCAUGUACCCUUCUCCUCUCCCUUCCCCUCUUCUUCCUCCAGGCCCUCCCUAACUCUGUUCUAGGGGUUCCCCCAAUAACCUGGAGCAGAUUCAGGGAGAGUGCAGGAGGAAGAGGGGGUCCUAUUGCACUAACAGGAUGCGCUGGUUGUAUAAUGUCAUCUGACAGGAGUGCCUUGCAUCAUUUUAAGCUUGUGCACUAACUGUGGCCAUAGAUAGAUAGAUAGAUAGAUAGAUAGAUAGAUAGACAGACAGACAGAUGCUGAUCAGUUAUCUAUUCUCUGGAUUAUGCCUCAGGUUAAUAAGAUGGAAAAUUGAUAGAAUUGAAUUAUUUUCUCUAGGUGCCAAGAGGAUCCCACCAAGUGCACCUGUGGCAGCAAGGAUGUGCAUGUCACGCAACAAUGCUGCCCUCCUAACUUGGUGCCCACCACCUGAUGUUCACCGCAGCCCACCAAGUAGUUACAUUCUUGAGAGGCAGGCAGUAGGAGAAGCUGAGUGGGUGCCUUGCCUCACCACUGAUGUUGCCAGCAUGGUUGAAGUUCCAGGCGAUGGUGUGCCUCAGGAGGCUGACUACCGUUUCCGUGUGUGUUCUGCCAAUCAGUAUGGAUGUAGUGGCCAUGUGGAAUUCCCAGGCACUGUGCACCUUGGUAAGCCUCUCUGCCCCCUAAUAGUGACUGGACACUGUCCCUUACUCAAGCAUGGACAUUGCAAGGAUCUAUGACCUUUUAUUAUUGAACCACGGGGCACUCUCUUCUUCCACUGCCCUUUGCCAUUGGCCUCUGCAGUUGUGGAAACACUAUAAGUGUUGCCACUUCCUUGCUUUCCUGGGCCAUGAUGAUCCACCUGCCUGCUAGACUACCCUUACCAUUUAAAGGGAAGGACCACUACUCUGUCCAGCUACCUUCUGCUUAUAUUUGCUCAGCAGGGCACCUAAAUUAGCUAGGCUAUUUCUUACUAACUAACCAGUAUCUUUAGUAGAAACAAAAUAAAAAAAAUUCCUUCCAGGAGCACCUUGACCAACUAAGUUUGUUAUUAGUAUGAGCUUCCUGCAGUCAGCUUUGGAAGCUUGUGGUUUUCUUUCUUUUUGGGGGUGGGUGGGUGGGAAUGCUCAUUUCCAUAUUUUUUUUGUCUGAGACCUCCCUAUUCCUUUUUAUUUUAAAGCGCAGUGUAUGUGCUGUGAUUACUAUCUCCACCUUAGGCAAUUCACAAUAUACUGUGUGGCGAUCUUGUGACAGUAUCUCCUUCAAACCAGGCCUGCUUCCAGCAUGUGGCAUAUCCGUGGAAGUAGAUGCCUUUUGUCUGGUACUGGGGCCUCUUAAACAAAAUGGCUAGGUUGUGCUCAGGUGAGGAGCAAACUGCAGUAGCGGAGUCUGGCAAUACAAGCCACCCACUGAAGCAUCACCACAGAUGUGACAAACCACCCACCAUGAGAAAUGUGCUAACAAGCUUUCACAACAGUGAUAUAUAAUGGAUUGUUUUCACUUAUUGGAUUUUUCACAGUGUGCAGAAAUCUAAAUUAGAUAUAUAAAAAAUACAAGCUAUCGUUUUGAUGAUGGUGAUGUCAUAUAGAUGCUGCCCCUGCAAAAAACCCACCUUCAGAUGUGAGCAGCACCAAUUCCACAAUAACUAUCCAUCUGGAAGUACCCUCAGACAGUUGAAUGCCUCCUAUUCAUUUUCUUCCACAAUCUGAACUCCUUUCUUCCCAUUUGUGUGUGUCAGUUGAGUGUGUGUAUACAUGCAUGCCUCACCCAUUUUGAGCUGACUUCCUUCAUCUCUGUCCGCCUUUGUAGUGCCCAGGGCUCGUAUACAAAAAGGACUGCAAGAUGUGAAGGUUCAUGCUGGAGAGGAUGCUACUUUUUCAGUGCAGCUUUCAGCCUCUCAGAGCGGUUGCUGGUCCUUCAAUGGGAAAAGGCUGGAAGAGGAGGAGGGGGAAGAAGGACAGCAGUACCAAAUCACACACAGCGGGUUGGACCAUGCUUUGCGGAUCAAAGGAGUGCAGCUAGCAGCCAAUGGGUCUGAGGUGCAAUUUGAGGCUAAUGGUGUGAAGGAAUGUGCUGCAUUAUGUGUACAAGGUGAGCCUUUGGUUGGAUCUAGGUAGCGGACUAGGAAUUGGUCGACUGUACCUAAAAUGAUUACAUACAAGCAACCAUCCCAUGAAAAGAGGAGUGCUUUGCCCAUAAUAUGCAACAGUGUUCAAUCUUGGGUCCCCAGAUGUUGUUGGACUUUAUCCCUGACCUUUGGGUAGGCCUGCUUUGGAUUAUAGUCCAACAACAUCUACGGACCCAUGGCAGAAGAACAGAGGUUGGGCCUAUGGAUUGUUCUGCUGUGAGAAUAAUAGUUUAGAUGGAAUUUAGAUGGAAAUAACGGCAUGGAAGUUAAGGUUUAAAAACCUCUUCUGUAGGUAUUGCUGUUCCAGUCAAAACCAGAGCCCCAUUUGCAAUUAUUUUCAAGUAAAACAAAAAAAUAUAGCAGGAGAUCUGAUCAUGAAUUUCCUGUGCCAUAUGUGGUCUAGCCCUCCAAGCUGCCAGCUGUUAUUCCACUUGGAUUCCUUGCAGCUGGAAUCUUUAUAGCUGUAAAUGACAACAACUGGCUUCAAGGCAUUUGCAUCAGAUCUCUUUGAAACACUCCUCUGACAGUUUAUUCUGAAUUGCAUUUGUUUAUUUUGAGUUUUUGUGAUUUGCACUAGUCUUUGCACAAACCAAAGCCAAAUUGGCACAAUCCAGUUUUGCCGAAACUAGUAGAUAAGAUGUCCUCCUGCACAUGAUACAUUUCAGCCAAUCUAAAAUCUCAGUCAUAACUUAUGUUGUCUUAUGUAUUUAUUUAAUUUCCAAGAUCUCUGUGGCCUCCAAGGCAUCUCCCCUAUAUGAUUAAAAACAUAUAGCACAGCUAAAAUACAUAAAUGCAUGCAUAAAUACAACUGAACAUAAAAUACAUCAGUUGCAAUUGCAUAACAAGUAAAACAGCAAUCCAAAAACAAAGCAAAAAAUCAGAUAAACAGAGGUAGCAACAGUUUAAGCAAUUAAAAUAAAUGGGAAGCUUGUCUUCUUGUUUGCCUUGUCUGUACAUUUUAAUUUUUAUUGCCCUUUAAAAAUGUUUUUUCUAUACUAUAAAGGCUACAAUUCAUUGUGCAUAAAUAGAUAUAAACAUACCUGCUGUUGUAUAAUAUGUGUAUGAGGCGUGACAUGAUUAAAGGAUCUUUCCAUUGCAUUUCAGUUAUUUACAAGGAUUACCCAAGGAAGGCUUUUAAUCUGAAUCACUGUUACUAAAGCAGGAACUGUCACAAUAUUCUUCUGAGUAAAGGAGAUUAUGAACAGUUGGAUUAAGCCUAUGGAUCCAUUGCCUUGGCACCAACUGUGUUGAAAGAUGGAACAAAUCAUCACAAGCUUCAUAUCUGUCACUCAGAGUUGUGUUUAAAUACAGAUAUCCUGAUGAUUCUUCCAUCCCAGCAAUUUCUUGUGGUUAUCACCACAACUUAUUACCACAAGGUAGUCACUUCUGUGCUUUUCACAUGUGACACUGGACAGAGGUUUUCUCUCACAGGUGUACCUGGUGUUUUCAAGUGGCAUAACCUGUUCUGUCUGUGAAGUUAAUGUUUCAUUUUGCAUAGGUUUCACACGCUGUGUCUCCCCAGCCCCACAGGUACAUAUCACCCCAGUGCCUGAGGCCAGGCGACUCCGAACACUCACAGCUGGCAUGCCUCUACUCCUGGAGUGUGAAGUCUCUAUACCUGACACCCCCAUCAACUGGUUUAAAGAAGGGAAUCCUGUGGCCUUGGAUGAUAGUCGCCUUGGUGUCCAAACCGAAGGCCGUAUCCACAGGUUGUUGAUUUCCUCUGUCUGCUCUUUGGACUCUGGGACAUAUACAUGCGAUGCAGGCGAUGAUGCUAUCAGCUUCACUGUGACCGUGGAUGGUGAGUGGAGGAAAAAGAAGUUGGCCUAGUUUUGAGGAUCAGCUAGUGUAAGUUCUACUUGGGUCACCAAUGGAGCCAUUGCGGUGGGCAAAAGGGUGUCAUUGAGGUCUUUCCCUGACACCUGUGAACCCUCUGAGGCCACCCACACACUGUCACCUUGGCCAUGGCGGGUUAGGAUAGUUAACUAUUCCUUCCUUGAAAAGCGAAUUACAUAGAGCUGAAGGAAGAAAUUGGAAGACUGAUACUCUUUCCCACUUCCUCUUCAACUCUAUGUGCUUAUCAAGGCUCAGAUUAAUUGUACGGGGUCACACUUUUACUAAGAUCCCUUUGAAAACAUAACUGUGUGUGCGCGCACCUUCUAUCUUUCUGUCUCAGGGCAAGGAGGAGGAAUAGUCCAGGGGAGAGGAGGGAGAAGAGACCAGAAUGGGUGAUACCCACAACGUUUGCUCAACAACCUGAAUGUGCCUAUGGGCCUAAAAAGAGUUAUGCAACCCUUGCUAGAUUAAGGUCUUAGAAUAAGGUCUAACCUAUUAAAAUAAAGGGGUCCCUUAAAAUAAGGGGCACCUGUGAAAUUUCUGCCAUCCGGUCCCAGCAGGAGUUUGUCCUGCAGCCCAAUCUUUUCCACCCCCAGUUCAGAAAAUGUGCUCCAUCCUCUGAAUAUUUUCCACCUUUUCUGCCAUUAUAGUAACUCUUUGCUGUUGCAGAACCUCCUGUGCGGGUUGUUCACUCCAAUGCUGAGGAGGCCCAUACCUACCAGGUCACAGAGCGUGUGGUGCUAACCUGUGAGCUGUCCCACCCCAAUGCUCCCGUGCGCUGGUACAAGGAUGGGGAGGCAGUGAAUGAAAGCGACAGCUUCUUACUGGAGAGUGAGGGCCCACACCACCACCUGGUCAUUCCUGCAGCACAGGUGAAGGAUGCAGGGGAAUUCGUGUGUGACAUAGGUGGAGAUUCUGUGCUCUUCAACGUCACUGUUACAGGUCAGUAAUUUCCCCCAAAUGAAGGGCCACCACAAUCUGAACAUGCCCUCCCUGCUCAGUCCUUGAUAGCUUGGUACAAAGAAUCAGAUAGAUAACAACCUUUUUUUCUGGCUCAGAUAAGGGGACAAAUAAUAAUAAUAAUAAUAAUAAUGACAAGUAGACUUGUGGCACUUAAAAACAAUACAGGAAUAUAUAUCUGCAUUCAUAGGGAAAGGCCUGCUUCAUCCAAUGCAUGGACAAUGAAGAUGGUGGAUAUCCAUUUUUAAUUCUGAUUCUGAUGAAAUAGGCUCUUGUCUAUCAAAUCUCAUGACAAAAUUAAGUAGCUUGUCUUUAAGGUGCCACAUGUUUCAGUUUGGGGUAGGGUUUUAAUCUUUUUUCUACAGCAGACUACAUAGCUCCUUUUUCUGAGGAGUAGGAACAUUCUUCUCAGCCAUCUGGACUCUGGCACCUAAGUUGCAGAAGAUUUUACAACAGUGAUGUAGCAGACCAGGAACAAUAGCGCACAGAGGUGUGUCUGGCACUUUCAUUAUGUAGUUUUCAUUGUAUGCUGAAGAUGAACCUCUUUGUCCUGGCCUGAGAGAGAGAUAUUUUCAGGAGACACACCCUAUUAUUGUGACAGUUGUUUUUUUAAAGCCAUUUUUAAUACUGUGUUUUAAAAUAGCUUUCUAAUUCACCCUACAACUUUAAAUGAAAGGAGGGUAAGAAAUAGUAAUAUUAAUAAUAAUGUGAUCUCUUGGGGCACUAUUUGUCAGUCCUUCUCAUGUCAAAUAAAUGAGGCCUCUCACCAAGAGAAACUCACUAAAUAAGUUAAGCCAAGGAAGAUGUAGGCUACAUUAGUGUGCAUGACUAAGGCUGAAAGUGGAUCUUUUAUUUUGAAAAAAACCUUGAAGUUCCUUUAACCAAAAUGUUACAAAAUAGUGAGCAAGCUUUUGAGUCCACAAGAAGUCUUAAUCAGGCUGAAUGUUAAGCAAAGCAGAUGGUGUGUGUUAUAUGAGGGGAAAAAUACAUUUUUAAAAUGUAUAGUCUGAGAAGGGGCAUAGCUGUGGGGUUAUCGUGAAGAGCACUCACACUCUUGAAUUAACCACUCCAUCACUGUUUUAUAAACUUGAAAUGCUGAGCUUUUCUGAAAUUGUCUACUGGUGCUUCAUUGUUCCAAACACACAAUUAGAUUUUCAAAGGUUAUUUCAAACACACCUCUCCCCUUUCGUUGUUUCUCAGCUAAGUUGCUGGUGUCACCAUUCCAGAAAAAGAAAAGAAACCUGUUCAACAGCAUUGUUGGCCCAAAAGCUUAGGAAUGAAGCUUGAGUGAAGUACCGGUAGCUGCUGUGAAUGACCUAAAGCACAGGAUUUCAACCUUUUUGAGUCCAUGACUCCCUUUACCAACUACAUUCUUUCUGCGGCACCCCUGUGGGACUCAGGAGCCCAGUUAUGUCACCCUGUUUGCCUGCAGAGCUGGCAGCUUCUCAUACUUUUCAAACACCCUCCCUUGUUGAGAGAGGGAGACUUGCCCAGUGGCUUGGCAGUUUGAGUUUCAUGGCAAAGUCAGAAUCUGUAUGUGGGCCAUUCUGUGUCCAAGCCCUACAUGUUAAUGGCAUUUAUAAUUUCUAAAUUACUUUAACUGUUGGCUAAGUGAGCAAAUUCCCAUUCCAUAACAACCCUGCAAGAUUGGUCACUGUUAUCUCUGUUGUGUGUAGAUGGGAGAGCUGAAGUUGACAAACAGUGGCUUGCUCAAGGCCAAACAAAGAGUCUGUGGCAAAGGUGACAUUUGAAAUCCAAGUCUUCCAAAUACAAAUUCAUCUUUCUGUCUUCUAAACCAGCUGACCUCUUAGUAAUGGGAGAUAUGAUGGCACGAGGUUCUGUCACUGAAAGUAGGCCUCCUUGUGCACCCUUCCUUUCCUCCAAGGUGAUAUGCAUAGUUCUCCCCACUUUAUCCUCGCAGCAACCUUGCGAGGCAGGUGAGACGGAGAGGCAGUGAUGGCUCUCCCACGUCCCAGUGUAACACCCAUCGUUCUGCCCGGACGCUGAGGUCCAGCGCCGAGGGCCUUCUGGCGGUUCCCUCAUUGCGAGAAGCAAAGCUACAGGUAACCAGGCAGAGGGCCUUCUCGGUAGUGGCGCCCACACUGUGGAACGCCCUCCCAUCGGAUGUCAAAGCGAUAAACAACUACCUGACAUUCAGAAGACAUCUUAAGGCAGCCCUAUUCAGGGAAGUUUUUAAUGUGUGAUAUUUUAGUGUAUUUUUGGUUUCUAUGGAAGCCGCCCAGAUUGGCUGGGGAAACCCAGCCAGAUGGGCGGGGUACAAAUAAUAAAUUAUUAUUAUUAUUAUUAUUAUUAUUAAGCUCACAGUUUUUUGAGUUUGUUUCCAAUUCUAGAGUGGGGAUGCAACAGGCUCUGGGGCAGUAAUAGGCUUUUCAUGGUGCAGUUCUCCCUCCCCUCCCCCAGACCCUCCUGUAAGGAUCCUGCACUCCAACGCUGAAGAGACCCAUGCCUACCGAAACUCUGAACGUGUGGUGCUGGUCUGCCAGCUGUCCCACCCUGAUGCUCCCGUGCGCUGGUACAAGGAUGGGGAAGAGGUGGAAGAAAGUGAGCGCCUCCUGCUGGAGAGUGAGGGCUCACACCGCCGCCUUGUCAUUGCCUCUGCACAAAUCCAUGAUACAGGGGAGUUUGUAUGUGAUGCAGGCGGUGACUCUGCCUUCUUCAACAUCACCAUCACAGGUGAGAGCUGUCCCCUGUCCUUCCCCACUUUUUAUAUAUACAUUACUUUUUAUAUAUACAUUACAUAAAUAUACAUUAUUUAUAUCUUGCCUUCUUGACAGCCAAGGGGUGCUCAGGGAGGGAGAAGUGGUUGUUCAGGGAGGAAGAAGUGUUACCAUUUGAGGGAGAACUUGUCUCCCCCAGCACUCCUCCUUAAAGGUGCCCUGUGCAGCUCCUUUCCACCUCUGACAUAGGAGGGCAAAGGGAGCCCCUCAGAAAGACUUGCAACAUCCUGUGCAAUCCUCCCCAUGCUUUGCACCUCUGACAUUGUGGGUGGAAAGGAGGGUUGCAGGAGGAUUGCAGAGGGCUUUGCAAGCCUCCCCAUGCUUCCCCUUUGCACCUCUGACAUCAGUAUACCUGAAGGAGCGUCUCCACCCCCAUCAUUCAGUCCGGACACUGAGGUUCAUCUCUGAAGAUCUGGCAGUUCCCUCACUGCCAGAAGUGAGGUUACAGGGAACCAGGCAGAGGGCCUUCUCGGUAGUGGCACCCGCCCUGUGGAAUGCCCUCCCAUCAUAUGUCAAGGAAAUAAAAAAUUAUCUGACUUUUAGAAGACAUCUGAAGGAAACCCUGUAUUGGGAAGUUUUAUUCCAUCCCCCAGCAAUGCUGGAAUCUCAACUAAAGCAUCCAGCCACUGCAUAUAAACCUCCAAGGAAGGUGACACUUCUUUUUUGUCACAGAGCCACCUGUGCACGUUGUGUGCUCCAACGCGGAAGAAGAUCAUACCUAUCAGAUCUUGGAAUGUGUGACAUUGUCCUGUGAGUUGUCCCGUCCUGAUGCCCCUGUGCUCUGGUACAAAGAUGGGGAAGAGGUGGAAGAGAGUGAGGGACUUCGGCUAGAGAGUGAAGGAUCCCAUCACCGGCUGGUCAUUGCCUCAGCUUGCGUACAGGACACAGGAGAGUUUGUGUGUGAUGCAGGUGGCGACUCUGUUUUCUUCAGUAUUACUGUUACAGGUCAGUGUGAGAUUUGUUGUUUUUCCCCAGACAUGCAUUUUAAGGCCAAUAAUGGUCCUCAAUCUUAAGGCUAGAGAGCCUUUCACUUCUAAAACUCAAGACAAUGCAGUCUUUUUGUAAUUUUUCAUAGCCAUGUUUGAGUUAAAUGAUACCAAAAGAGGAUUCAGUCUGCCCCCUUUAUUUGUCAUUAGCGAUUGUUUCUGAGCAUGUAGUUGAGAACUUCUUAUUUAUCUCUCUCCUUUGUAAGCAUUCGUUAUUUCUUCUGAACCUCUCUUCUCUGUGGCUGUUCCAUGACACUUUCCUGCCCUGUAGUGAAUUUUUUUGAAGGUCUUUGCUGAAUAGCUUUAAUGCACGGAAUUCAGCCACUUCAGAUUCAGAACUCUUGAGUGAAUAUAUCUUGUCAUCUAGGGAGACUUCGCUUUGUUAAUUAUCAGUUCUCUUCAGUGCCCCAAAACUUGGUGGCUUUUGAUACAGCAGACAAACAUAGCUUCUCCUCCAAAACACUUUGUUGACAAUUUCUCAGUUUUAAAGGCAAUCUAGAUUAUAUGUCCAGUAUAAAUUACAGAGUUGGCAAAGGGUUUGAUGAGAACACGAGUUCUCCCAAAGAAUCCUGGGAACUGUAGCUCUGAGAGGUAAACUACAGUUUACCUUCUUUUGAGGAAGCCGUGUGUGUUAAGUGUAUGGUGUGUACACAGCCUUGGUGUCCAACAAUAUCUGAAGGACCCAGAGUCCCCCAGCCCUAUUUUAUAUGGUUCUGUUCUACUUCCCAAGAUUUUGGUGUGGUGUUGGUGGAGAGGGCAUGUUUCUUUCUACUGAUCCCCAUCUAUAGAAUGUCUCUUCUUGCCACAGAACCUCCUGUGAGGGUUCUUCGCUCCAAUGCUGAGGAGGCCCAUACCUACAAGGUUGCAGAGCAGGUGGUGCUGGCCUGUGAGCUGUCCCGCCCUGAUGCUCCCGUGUGCUGGUACAAGGAUGGGGAAGAAGUGGAAGAAAGUGAUUGCCUCCUGCUGGAGAGCGAAGGACCCCACCGACGGCUGGUCAUUCCUUCAGUGCAGAUGAAGGACGCCGGGGAGUUUGUGUGUGAUGCAGGCAGUGAUUCUGUUUUCUUCAACAUCACUGUUACUGGUAAGAGAACUAAUCAAUUUAUCUUCGUAGAGAGAUGUCCCCUCCCAAACCCAUGUCCUUUGCUCUUCUCUGUGCUGCAGUCCAUGGUGCUUCAAAGGCCUCAUUGGUGUACUUUGGUCAGAACCAACAGGGAGAGGAGCAUAACUGCCAUGCUGCAUAAAUUGUACUGGUCCAUCUUGUUUUGUGCUGUGUUUAUGAACAGUCAUCAGACAGAUGCCUGAAGGAAGUUAAUGUUCAUUGUUGAUAGUAACUGGUGGUUAGAGGUCUACUGACUCUGAAUAAACACAGGAGUUGCACUUUGGGCUGUUCUGAGUAGUAAGCCACUCUAUCCUCAUUUGUUAUCUAAUCCUUUGACAAAACUUUAUGUUGGUUGUCAUCACAACAUCCUGUGUCAGUCAGUAUCAUAAGCUGAUUAUACCUUGUGCAAAGAGGUUCUUUCCUUUGUUUGUCUGAAACCUCCCACUUCUUAUCCAUUUCAGUGGAUUAGUUUACAGUAUACAUCUUGAGUGGGAGUGAAUAAUAUUUUCCUAUUCACUCCUUUUCAUGCCGUUAGUGAGUUCUGUUCAGAAGACAUUGGUGUUUCUUCUUUUUAAGCUAAAAAAAUAAAUAAAAUCAAACUACUUCAUUUACAAGAAAGAUACUUGAUCUCCUGAAUUCUUUUAGUUGCCUUUUUCUGCCAUCAUUUGCUUUGCUACUUCCAGAGGAGUAUCUGUGUUAGUCUGUUGCAGCAAAAACAACAAAGAAUCUUGUGACACCUUAAAAACUAAAAAGUUAUGGCACAAGUGUUUGUGAGCUACAGUCCGCUUCAUCAGAUUCAUGAAGUGUAAUCCUCAGGUGCAGAUGUAUGUAUGUAGAUACGUAGAGACACACACACAGAGAUUGUAAGAGGGGGAUUUAUAAGCAGUGAGGUCAGAGACAGAUGAAAUGCAAAAAGUACAGAUAAUGACAAUUAGAGCUGAAAUAUAUGCAAAAUAAGCACAGUGACCCUUUACAAAGCAGUGAUAGGUGAUAAUCAGGUUGACAGUGCUGAGUUAAUUAACAUCUGAAGUGGGAAGGGAAACAAUUGAAUAGAAUUGAUGGCCUUGAUGAAUUGUAAUUCAGCAGUUUCAGGCUGGAGCCUCUCUUUGUAAUUCAUUCCUUCAAGUGUGGCAAUAUUAAGAUCAGUGCCAAAUGUCAAGGGCAAAUGGAGCUAAGCUUGGAGCUUUGAAUUCAGACUGAGUCAAUUUGAGAAAAAGGUCAGACCUAUAGGCUUUAUGGGGAGCUCUGAAGAUCCUAGGAGCUGCCUUCCAAUAACCUAAGUGAGGAGCAGUGUCUGUUGUGAAUUUCCACUUAUGUUCAACCUUUAAAUUUGCAAAUAUUUAUAAAUUCCAGUAAGCUUCCAGUGACCUCCUUAGAAAGGAAACAGAGCUUCGGCCAGUCCUCAUUCACUGCACCCCUGAACCCUCUCAAGGCAUGCAUAACUGUUAUUAUAAAUGUGGGUUCAUCACAGGUUUAUAUAAGGAAGUUGUGUUAUUUGCUACUUUAUUUUCAGGCACUUUCUCAAAAAUUCCUAGCAUGGCAUUUGCCUUCCAAAAAACAAAAAUAUGGCAGCACGCUGAGAUGACAUUUUCAAUAAGCUUUCCCUCUCUCUUUCGCAUGCACUCUGCCCCCACACUUAUGCUUCCCAUGACACAUUGGUUUCUCCUGCCCCCUUCACUUUGCUAUCUGGUUCCUGAUCCACUGCUUUUCACUUUGGUUAGAAAAAAAGACAACCUGCCAAGCAUCCUCCCCCAACCAGUGGUGUAGUGGUCUAAGGUCGGGGGGGGGGCGGAGUGCUGGUGUGGAUGGAUUUGAAGAAGUUCACUCUGCUUGUCAUGUGAUACUUUGAGUUCCAAGCACCCACUGAAGCAGGCAGAUGGUCACAGGUCAGCACUUUACUGUUCAGUGGCUAUCCAGCUAUGAAGCAGGCAGUAGCUGACCAAUGAGACACAAUGAUUUCUCCCAUUGGUGAAGACAACCCAUAGUGUUUAUACCUAAUGCCAAUCAGGUUGAGCUUAUAACUUGUAAUUGCUGCAUCCCAUGUUGUUUUUGCUGCGUUUGCAGCACCAAAGUGACCUCCUCAGGGCGCAAGCCUACGCAGUCUGUAUGGAGGUCCUGGGCUGCCCAGAUGACAAGACCACCACUCUCAGACUCACUGGUGUGAUCCAAAGAAAAGCAAUACAUUUGGCACCAGCUUGGCUGCAGGAGUUGCCAGAAGGAGGCAUACAAGACGCCAUCCAACCACCUUAGGGACUCCUGUCCGGAUUUGUAUAGGGUUUACUCCUUAGCCUUUUCUUCUCCCAAAGAUGUCCUGCAAGGCAGCAGGUACAGAUUCUUCCUCAGGAUUUACUCUGAAACCUUUCUGAAUGAGUAUAGCAGUGAGGCAGUGGAGGUUUAGGAUCAGAGUUUUCCUUCUCCCAGAUGGGCUACCUUCCCAGGUUGUUAACCCCACUAUAUUUCUGCAAGGGACGUGUGUGGUGCUGUGGUCUAAACCACAGAGCCUAGGGCUUGCUGAUCGGAAGGUCGGCAGUUCAAAUCCCCGUGACGGGGUGAGCUCCCAUUGCUUGGUCCCUGUUCCUGCCAACCCAGCAGUUUGAAAGCAUGUCAGAGUGCAAGUAGAUAAAUAGGUACCACUCCGGCGGGAAGGUAAACGGCGUUUCCGUGCGCUGCUCUGGUUCGCCAGAAGCGGCUUAGUCAUGCUGGCCACAUGACUCAGAAGCUGUAUGCUGGCUCCCUUGGCCAAUAAAGCGAGAUGAGUGUCGCAACCCCAGAGUUGGUCACGACUGGACCUAAUGGUCAGGGGUCUCUUUACCUUUGCCUUUAUUAUUUCUGCAGCAGGGUUCCUGCAGGGUCUCCAGUCUCCUAGAGCCACCCAAUCAGCAUGAAGGGACGGGGGGGGGGGGCUUUUUAGCCACUUUGCGAUCCAACAUGAAACAUUUAGGAACACUAAAAACACAAGGUGCUUCAGUUUCAGGAGAAUGGUGUGCUGAAAGAAGAUACUGAAGCACUCCAAAUCAUUUUCCAUGUAUGUAUGCAGAAAAUAGUAAAUCUAACUAAAAUGAAGACCUGCAUUGAUCAUUGCAAUGUAUCUUUAAUUAUUAUUAUUGUAUAAUUAUAAGAUUAUUGCCUAGUCUUAGAAAGUUGCAUACCCUUAGCAGGGGCAUAGCUGUGAGGGUAUGUGGCUGUGACACAUACCGUAACUGUGAAGGGACCUUGCACUUCUGAUUUUGCUACUACACUACUGCCCCCAACAGUCUCCAAAUCUGCUUCUAAUUCCUGAAACUUCUUUCUCUCUCUCUCUCUUUCACUCACACACACACGCACCCUGUAGAGCCACCUGUGCAGAUUCUGCACUCCAACGCAGAUGCGUCCCAUUCUUACCAGGCCUCCGAACGUGUGGUGCUGUCCUGUGUGCUGUCCUGCUCCAGUGCCCCUGUCCGCUGGUACAAGGAUGGGGAGGAAGUGGAAGAGGGAGAGCGCUUGCUGCUGGAGAACGAAGGGCCCCUCCGACGACUUGUCCUUGCCUCAGCCCAGGUGCAAGAUUCAGGCGAGUUUGUGUGCGACACUGGGACUGACUCUGCCUUCUUUGUGGUUACAGUUGCAGGUUAGUAAAUGUACAGUGGCGCCUUCCUUGGGACUCUUCCCCUGACCACUCUAAUACAUGGCAUAUAUGUCCUCAGAGUCCCACUUUGAAGCCCAUUCCUAAGCUUCUGUCAGAGUAGACAAUACUGAGCUGGAUUAGGGGUGGGAAACUGGAUUUAGACAACAGGCCAGAUUCUGAUGUCCCCACACUCUCCAUGGGCCACUUUGGCAGGUGGUCAGCCCCACCCGCCUGCCAAUCACCUGAUGUCAGCAUGCCAUCAGGUGAAAUAUUUCACUUUGCACACCAGCUUAAAUUCACUGUUGGAGCUAAUCCCUGCAGGCUGGCAUUUGGCACCGAAUUUAAAUUCAUCACCAGUAAAUGUAAGCUCCAGUUGCAGCAGGGACUGACUCUGCUUGAGAAUUUAGAAGGCACUGAAGGGAAGCCCCACUUGCAGUGGAACAACUGGGAGCUGGCUUUAAGGCUCCCAAUUGUUCCUUAGUAGCCUCAGUUUUACCCGCGGAUGUCAGCUGUGGGAGGGAGGGUGUGGCUGGGGGAAAAUAAGGACUCCUGCCAGGCCUACUUUGGCUGGCAGGCUGAAGGUUCCCCAAGCUGAGCUAGACCUACAAGUUGCGUGACCUGGUAUAAGAUAGCAUCCUAUGUUCCAAGGGCAUGGGCACCUGAGCUCAAAUUCCAGGGAUCACUUUUGCAUUUAGCUUCUAUAAUCUGUAUUGCACUUCACUGUGGAGCCAUAUGGCAGAGAUAAUGCCAGUUUGAGCUUUUCCUGUGCUACGUCCUGAAAAAAACUCUAAGAAAGUUGCCUUAUAUUGAGCAAGACAACCUGUCCAUCUAGCUUAGUGUUGCCUACACUGAUUGGCAGCAGCUGUCCAGGGUUUGACACGUUUUUUUCUCAAGCCCUACCUGGACACACUGGCAAUUGAACCUAGGAUGUGAAACGUAUACUCCACAACAGAGCUAUAUGGGUUCAGUGGUUAGAGCAGAAGCUGGUGAAUGAAGCCAGCUAGAGCUGCACCCAGUGGGUGCUUUUGAAAGUGGAAGUUGACAGGCCUGGAUUCAGAUUUCUGUUAAUUGAUUUAUGUAUUGGAAAGGGUGGGGAGGAGACAGAAGUCAACUCUUGUUCCCCCAUGGGCCACCCCUGAGCCUUAGAGGCAAGCAGAGAUAUUUAAAUGAUAUUUACUAAGAAGUUUAAAUGAAAGUACAAUAUGUAAUUGAAUAUAUAUUGAAAGAGGAAUAGAUGUUCAUGAGAAAAUGAAAUUAAGAAAUGCUGAAAAUAACGAAAAGCAAUACAGUUUGUAUAUAUUGUCUUUCCUACCAUAUCUGAGUGGGCUCCGAGGGGGUUACAAGAUACCCAGAGAAAUGAACAGAAAUGUCUCUCCUAGAUUCCAAUCCAACACUUGGUUUUGCUACACAACACGGAUCCUGUGCCAUGCUGCACAUUUGCAUCAUAUGUGAGUGUCUGGCUUUAGUUAGGAGGGGCUGUGCCAGCCCUUGCUUUUCCCAAAGCCAAACCAUGGUGCUGAGCCCUAUGAGCCCUACUGCAGCUUCUGUGCUCAAGCUAAGCCCUUCCCAGCUCUAGAGCCAGGGGCUGCAGUGGCUGUGGAGAUCCUGUCAUGACUUUGUGGGCCAAAGGUAUGUGUCUGUGGGCUUGCUUCUCAUGCUUAAGCCCCUGAUCUUUGUGGAGGUGUGUCUUGGCCAUAGGGAAGGGAAGGGCAAGCUUUUUCCAGCCUAAGGGCCACACUCCUUUCUAAGCAACAUACAGGGGGCCACAUGCCAGUGGUGGGCAGAAGGAAAAGUGGGCAGAACAGUGAAUACAAAAUUCACCUUUGUUCAGUAAGCUGGUUUCUGCACACAUUCACAGGACUCUCUUUGUCCUCCAUCCAGAGAAGCAAGAGGCAUUAUCUGAAUUCUCAAGGUUGCAGUCCCAGCCAGGCAAAAACAUUUGAGAAGGAUGCAGAGCAGCACCAGUGAAGGGUGUGGUAGCCUGGGAAGAGGCUGUGUAGCUGGGGAGAACCCUGAGAGGCAGGUGGAGAGACCAGAGAGCAACAUUUGGCUCUUGGGCUUGAGGUGGGGAACCUCACCCCUGGCUUAGAGGAUGGCCGCAGCAAGCCAGUCUCCAGCUUUGACUGCAUCAUGACCCAAUGGGUGGAGUACUCAUUGCAGCUUUGGGGAUCCAGUGGAGAUCCAUGCAACUAAAAGUGCUGUUGUCUGGCACAAUGUGGGAGGUGAGGUGGGAAGGGAGCAUAUGGCAGGCCAGCCUUUAUCUUCCAUUUUCACCCUAAAUCCUGGCUCCAGAGGCUGAGGGCUUAUAGCUCUACACUUCUCUCCCUUAUCAGCAUUUGCUGGCAUCAUGAAAGCAACAUGGCAUUCACCCCCUUGUGAUUUCUGCAGGUUUGGGUAGAGGCAGGGUUUCCCCCCAUCCCCACCCAACAAACCAAGAUUUUGCUCCAUCCCUCCUGACUCAUCACAGACCCUCACACUCCUAUCCUCUUCCUCUGCUGUUUUGCUGCCCAGCAAACCUGCCCACUAGCUGCCUACUAGAAGCAGUGGUUUUCACACUUGAAAAUUUUGCCCGUCUGUAUUUAUUCAAGAUACUAGUCCAGAUUCAACUAAAUUGUUAUGUUAGCAGAAGCCAAUGGAAGGCUCCUAUUAGUGCAAUAGGAUUUUCCUCCAUCAACGCGCCCCCCCGUGCUCCCCCACUCCUUCCUCAUGUGUUCCCUCCCUCCCCACAUCCACUCAGCAGGGUCAGGAGAUCCCCUAGAACAGCAUGAGAGGGGAAGAGAUGGGAGAUAGUUCUGCCCGGCAGGCGGAAAUGCUUCCACUGACAGUAGUGUUUACCCAGCAACUUUAUGGACCCCUGUGGGAAUCCAUCCUCCUCCAAAUCUGUUGGAUGAGGCUAGCCAUGCACUGGAAACAUUAACAGGGCUACAGUGGCCCACUGAUUGAUGAUGUCCUUCUCUCUCCUGCCCACCUAAUGCUCUCUGCAAUUUUUCACAGUUUCCAGCAUUAUUAUAUACACACUUACACCCACAUAUAUUUUAUAUAAUGAAUAUAUGCAGUAAACAACCAAUAGCUAUAAUAAACAAUAAAAGCAAAAUCUAAAAUAAUGAUCAAAGCAAAUUCUUUCCCAAUGGGCGAUCAAGUCAGAGAAGAGAAUUACGGCUCACCUAAAAGUUACUAUCGCUGGUUGUAAAUUGAAUUACCUUCUGCAUACCCCUCUGAAUAUCAAUUCUUCAUUCAAUACCGAUUCAAUUACAUAUUGUGCUUUCAUUUUAACUUCUCAGUAAAGUUAAUUUAAACUUCUUUGGUUGUCUGUCAGAUUCACAGGCACUCCAAUAAGCUCCUCAUCAGGGAACUGGAGUUCAGCUCUGGAUCUUUUCCAAGGCACAAUUCAGAGAAAAGUCUUGGUUCAACAUUACAAAUUGCUGUAACUUGAGACACAUCCCACUCAACUGCACCUCUGGUAUAAGUUGAGCCUGUUGAAACAGGGGAAGAGAAAAAGACAAGAGUAACAUACAGAGUUCACUUCCUGCUCCCUGUUUGAAAGCCACUAUUUGAGAAGCAGAACUAUGAUGGAGGAAGUUGCUUGCCCACACAUGAGUCCAGAGUAAUAUCUUGUUUGUCCGCCAUUGGUUGCCAUACAAAUGGUUACACUCAGUUGAAAAUGGGAAGUGCCAGUUAAAGUGCCAGGGGGCUGGGACCCCUUGGAAAGCUUUCUGUUUCACCUGUGCUCAUAACCAGGGCUCUGUUUUGAACUCUAGGAAGCAGGAAAACAACGUGCCUCUGAGCAUGUGCAAAGUGUCUCCCUGCACCCACAUCUCUGAGCAAUUACCAGGCCCUUUCAUUUGGCAUUGCAGGUCAGAGGAUAUGACAUUUAGUUAUUCUUGAGCCCACCUCUCUUUUCAGAAACUGAGCCCUUUCUAUAAAUUAAAGGGGCAACUGAGAUAGGAUAUUUUGUUCCAUAGCACAGAUUCCUUGUAGGUCAAUUUGAGAUCAUGUGUCCUCCUUCCUGUGGCCACAGGAGCACAAAGGUGCUCCACCCAUUCACAAUGUCUCUCUUCAGCUCCCAAGGUGCACAUCGCUCCAGUGUCAGAGGCCCAGUGUCUCCAGACAAUCCUGACUGGGAUGCCUCUCCUCCUGGAGUGUGAAGUCUCUGCCUCUGAUGCUACUGUCCAGUGGUUCAAGGAUGGAAAUCCUGUGGACCAUGACAUCUUCACGUUGCAAUCAGAGGGCUGCAUUCGGAGGCUGUUGGUUCAUUCAGCCUGCCCCCUGGAUUCUGGGACGUAUACAUGUGACACAGCUGAUGACACUGUGGACUUCACUGUGAUGGUGGAUGGUGAGUUGAGUCAAAAAAAUGUCAAAGGAGUGCAUGAGGCAAGCCCUAAACCAGUAGUCUUCAGCUUUCCCAAACCUGAGAUGCAUUUUAAACUCAUAUGGACCCAUUUAUCCACCCCCACCCCAUUUUACCAUCUAGUUGUAUGGUGGUGCAACAUACCUUAUGUUAGCUCAUGACCUCUUUUAGGGUCCCAAACCACCAGUUGGAGAUCAAAAAUGCUAUUAGACCUAAAGUGCUGUUCCUGGCUGAAAAAACUCAGGAGCUGGUGACAACUUCUCAGAACAGCUGCCCAGUCGCUCUCUUCAUUGCCCUUUUAGGACCUGAACCAAGUUUAUCUACUUGAGGCCACCCAUAUUUCUGCCUUUCUUCAUGCUCUCGUUAUUUCAUUGUCGUUUUUGUGUAAUUUAUAGGUGACAUACCUAACUGAUUGUUAAUAACCUCAGUAGCACCAGUCUCCUCUAAAACGGCAGGCAUGCUGCAAGCACCAAGAUCCCUGCUUCCCACCUGUACCUCAUCCAAGAGGUCCUUUUCACUAUCUUCUGCUCCACUGAAAUGCACAGCACUGAGCCUCCUGUUCCAUUGCUCCCCCAACAACUCACAUAAGAAAUGAUGCCCUCACUCUCUAUUCCAUGCUUUUAUGACAUUUCUAUGCUAUGGUGGUAUUAUGAUGGAGAUCCAGUGUGGUGUAGUGGCUAAGACCUGGUACAACAAGGUUCAAAUUUCCAAUCAACCAUGUUUCUCCCUGGGUGAUCUUGGGCCAAUCACCGUCUCUCAGCCUAACCAACCUCACAAGGUUGAUAUGAGGAUAGGAUGGAGGGGAGGGACCACCUUGGAGAAAAGAUGGGAUAUGAAUGCAAUAAUAAAUAAAUAAAUUUCUCCCCUGCAGAGCUACCUGUCCGAGUUCUGCACUCCAAUGCAGAUGCAGCCCAUGCCUAUCGGGUCUCAGAGCGUGUAGUGCUGGAUUGUGAGUUGUCCUGCUCUGAUGCUGUUGUAUGCUGGUACAAGGAUGGAGAGGAGGUGGAGGAAAAGGAUGGCCUCCUGUUGGAGAGCGAAGGGCCUCAUCGCCGUCUGGUUAUUAUUGCGGCCCAGGUUCAGGACACAGGGGAGUUUGCAUGUGGCACUGGGGGCGACACUGUCUUCUUCAAUGUCAGUGUCACAGGUAAGCAAGUCUCCAGGGUUCAGUCCCAGUGAUCUUGUGCCCAAAUUCACCCUUUCUUUUUGACUUGGGUAUGGAUUUCUGUCUCUUGCUACUAACCAUGAUGUUCGUUCUUCGCUAAUUAGAGGAAGCCAUAUUUGAGAUUUCUGGUUCCUAUCCUUUCUGUUCUAUCUCAGAGCUUCCUAGAAUUAAGUGGCUCUAAGUCAUCUCACACAGGGGAUGAAGCCUCAUAUAUUCCUACAUUUGUCUUGUAGAGCCACCCGUGCAGAUUUUGCACCCAGUGGAGCGUUCACUAGAGAAGCAUAUACAGGCAUUUGAGUGCUUGGAGCUGAGCUGCGAGGUGUCCAUUCCCAAUGCCCCUGUGCGCUGGUUCAAGGACGGCCUGGAAGUGGAUGAGACAAACAACUUGUUGCUUCAAAUGGAAGGUGCUGAGCGUCGCCUAGUUGUCCUGCAGGCAAGUGCUGAAGAUGCUGGUGAAUACAUCUGCGAGACCAAGGAUGAGUCUGUUUCCUUUGAUGUCAGAGUUUCAGGUGAGCACUCUGAUCUUGAACCUGCAGUUCUGAGAAGAAGUAGGAGAAAAAGCAUCCAAAGCCCUAACCCAGUUCCAACUUUAAACCAGCGCAGAAACUUAAAUUCUAAGCACCCCAUUCCCAACAUAGCCCAGACUGAGUUCCAACAGGCUAAUCUGUAAAUGAAGCCUUUCCUGUUCUAGUCCAGGGAUGGGGAACCUGUGGCCUCUGACAUUAGCCAUGCUAGUGGAUUCCCAACAGCAGGUGAAGGGUCACUUGUUAUUCGCCCUGGUCUAGUCCCAGCCAUAAAUCUGGGUUUAUAUAUUAGUGUAUAGAUUUGGGCACAGAAUUAUUAUUAAAGCACUCACAAUGUAUAUUAUACCCAUAAAAUCUCUGGAAACGGAAUUAAUGCCAGGGACAAACGGAAUAGUACAAGAGACACAGAGGUGCCAUUACGCUGUGUCUCUUUAUACCCUUUCUUAUAAGGUGAUCCAAAGAAAGUUUCAUUGUGCUGUGGGUCUUCCAUCCCCAUCAGGCAAUGUCUGGCCUUCACAAACAUAUAUGCCCUUUUAAAUUUUAGCAGGGGCUCAUCCCUCUUCAGUACAGUGCAAUUGGAACUUAUUAUUGGAAGUACCUACACUGAUGCAGGUGGCGCUGUGGGUUAAACCACAGAGCCUAGGGCUUGCCGAUUGGAAGGUCGGCCGUUCGAAUCCCCGCGACAGGGUGAGCUCCCGUUGCUCGGUCCCUGCUCCUGCCAACCUAGCAGUUUGAAAGCACAUCAAAGUGCAAGUAGAUAAAUAGGUACCGCUCUGGCGGGAAGGUAAACGGCGUUUCCGUGUGCUGCUCUGGUUCACCAGAAGUGGCUUAGUCAUGCUGGCCACAUGACCCGGAAGCUGUACGCCGGCUCCCUCAGCCAAUAAAGCGAGAUGAGCGCCGCAACCCCAGAGUCGGCCAUGACUGGACCUAAUGGUCAGGGGUCCCUUUACCUUUGCCUUUACAUUGACGCCCAGAAAUGUUCAGCAAGCAUGAUGCCAACUUAAUCUACGCCAGCAGAUUAUUAAAGUAUUCUCUAAUGAGAACAUAAGAGGCCUGCUGGAUCAGACCAAAGGCCCUUUUAGUCUGGCAUCCUGUCCUCGCAGUGGCCAACCAGAUGCCUGUGGGGAGCCCCACAAAUCAGGCAUGUGUGCAACAGGACUCUCCCUGCUUGGGAUUCCCAGAGACUGGGAUUCAGAGACAUCCUGUCUCUGGCACUGGAGGUAGUACACAGCCAUCGUGACAAAUAGCCUUAUCCUAAACACUUCUUAAAGCUGCCCAAGUUGGUGGCCAUUACAGUACUACAUUUUCUGGUAGCGAAUUGCAUAGUUUAAUUACAUGAAGAAGUAUUUAGUUUUGACUGUCCUCCUGAAUCUUCCAAUGAUCAGCUUCCCUGGAUCACCCUAGGUUCUAGUCUGAGAAGGAGAAAAACUUCUCUGUCCGCUUUUUCCACACCAUGCAUAAUUGUAUGUACUUCUGUCAUGUCCCCCUUUCUCACCUUUUUUCCGAACUACAAAGCCCUAGACACUGUACCUUUUACUUUAUAGAUAAAUUUAUUGUGCUCUUGCAGGCAAACCCUGAGAGAGCUCAAAUAAUCAAUACAAAGGAGGGAUUGUCAUUCCGUGCAUGCAUGUUAUGUGUUCGCCAUGAGAUCCCAUCUCUUAGGGAUUGGCCUCCAUAGUGCUAGUGGUGGUUUGGGAAUCCCCACUGGCCAAAAUUCACAGGGUCAAUAAAAUAAUAACUCUUAUUUAGACCAACAUUUGUUUACAAUGCAUUGUAUGAGCUUUUGCUGGCCAAAGCUUAGGCUUUGCAUACUGUGGAAAUGCCAGAGCUUUGCUAAAUGUGUUUCUAAGGAAGCAAUAAAUAAAUAGGCCAUCUACGUAAAUAGGGAAUCUCCCUUGUCGUUUGGGGAUCCAACAAUGCUAUUUGCAUGAGUGCAUCCUUCUAUGGCUGCACUUCAAACAGCUCUCAAACAUUUAUUCUGACCAGUAUAUAAAUUUGGCAAAACCUGUAGAAGGAGUUGAAUUCUGCACAGAGGACUCCAGCUACAAAUGUUUGGGCGUAAGCUGCUAGCAUAGUGCUGCAGCAAAAAGGCCUGAUACCACCCCCAGGUGUAUUUGUGGGAACCUCUCUUAACCGUACAGACACCCUCCAGCAUUGCUUUGAGUUCUAGCAGCCCUUUUAAAAGUAUGGCUUUAAAAUAAUUCCUGGAGAGGGAAGUUGGAGAACUGUUGGAAUGACCUAUGUUUGGGGAAGUCAGGCCAAACUGUAUGUGGUACUCAGUUACACGUAGGGUUUCCUCAGUGUUUCUCCCACAUGCCCCUCCAGUGAAAAAUUUGUGGGUGUGGCCCAGCAACAGCAGUGUUGCCUGUGGCCGCUUCAUAUCUGGGCUGCCUGCCCUCUCCUUCCAGAGCCCCCUGUGAAGAUCGUGCAGCCCCGCAGGACUCCCUCUGUCCUGAAGGCCUCAACGGGGGAGACAGUGACCCUGACCUGUGUGCUCUCUCAUGGGAAUGCGCCAGUCCGCUGGGUUAAGGACGGUGUCACGCUUGAGGCUAACAGCGGCCUCAUCCUGGAGGAAGAGGGUGCCCGGCGGUGUCUGGUCAUCCCUGCAGCUGGCCCAGAGCAUUCUGGGAAGUACACCUGCAACGCUGUUGAUGAUACCAUGGCCUUCGCCGUCCAGGUGUCUGGUGAGUGCAGUGCUCAGGGACCCUGGUAGCACCAGGGAAGGGAGCUGAGAUAAGAGUGUGGGUGGGUGGUAGUUUGGGCAAGGGGGUGUUGGAAUUCCAAGCCAAUGUUGCUGGGAUGGAUUUCAUGUACUGAUCCAUUCCAGACCCCAGACACUCUCAUUGUGGGCCACGUUCCUUGCACUGCCUUCUGUACAGAGCAAAGUUGUCCUGGAGCUUAUUAAUGAGGACUGGCUGUACAUUCCCCAGAGCCAGUGCUCUGGGCAUCAACAUGACUUUAUCUCCUAAAUCCAGACAGGUUCUAAUUUGGUAAUGAAAGCAGAGGCAUAACAGUAUUAUUUCCUAAAGAACUGAGCCUGCAAUCUCGUCUUGUAUGACUUUGGUAGCAUUCUUUGCCAGUAGACUCAUAACAAACACCCCUGACCAUUAAAGUCUACGGGAAGUGUUUGCUCUAAACAUUGGCUUUUUGUGAUCUUCUGCCCUGGAUUUCUGGUUCCUUGGCUUGCGUAGAAGUGUGCACUGGCUUUUCUUUGUGUUUUCUGCAUUCUUGUACCGCUUGAUGCCUUUGUUCCCUCUACUAUGUUUGCACAUCAUUCAUUGUCCAGAGAGAGCUUGUGCAUGUUGUUCUGAGCAUGAGUUCAUAAGCACUCCACGUACUACAAAUGCAACCCUAUCAUUAGUGGCAGAUUUUGGAUUAUUGCUAAUCACAAGUUAUUUGUUACAUGCAAGAUCAAAACGAACAAACCAAAACCCAUGCAGCCAGCUAUACAGUAAAUAAUAAUACGGUACAUUUAAAAAGCCAGGGCAAAUAAGAAGAACAUGUUAACCUGGAGCCAAAAUAUAAAAUACAAUGUAGGAGUUUCAAAGCUGGAGCACCACCAGCAAAAAGGCUCCUCUUCUUCAGGGAUAUGGGUCCCCUCCUUCUGUUACUAUGGGGAGCACCAUUUGCAUUUCCUACACCUGGCACAAAAGUGACUUGUGCUGCCCUUUUCUUUCUCUGAGGCUCCAGAGAUGGCCACAACCAGAGACAUGCAUGUUGUGUGUGGUGAGGUGAGGAUUUAGGCUUUGGAGACUUGGGGUUUGAAGUUGGCUUCACACUCAAGGCUAGAGACCCAAAACCACAAAUGUCAGGUUCAUGGAGUUCUGUGCACAGAAACAAUGUGUUCCAUCUCAUACAUAUUGAUUUGAAAAUAUUCUUCCUCAUGCACACAAGAUCCCCUCUUGCUCCAUCAUCACCAUCAGCUUAUUUAAAGCAUGUGCAGAGCAGUGGUGAGAUCACUUUGAUGAUAUGCACUUUCCUUGAUAUGCUCGCUUGCCAAAAUAAAUGCCCUAGAACUCAAUUUUUUAAAUGGACAACCCAUAAAAAUGUAGCUGAACUGAAUAAAAAUGCUCUCUGGUUCCCUGGAACAUUGUAGAUAGGAGGGUUUUAAUAUGGCCCACAUACCAAGGUUUCUCCUACCCAGUCCAAAGAACUGCUGUGUUGGGUUGGGAGGGGAUUUGAAACCCUGCUUCUUCCUGAUACCAGUUCAGAUCUAUUGCAGUUCCUGAGUGGACCAUUUCUUUUGCUUUAACUGUCUGGUUUUAAGGAUUGCCACAGUAUUUUACCAACAGAGGUUGUAUGCCUAUAGCAGUGGAAUGGCAGGCUGAAACCAACAGGUGAAGUUUUUCUUGUUAUGUAGCUGCAGUGAUAAGAAAUGCUGUGGCUGUUGAAGGCCAUUGCAAAAGUAGCAAUCCUGUCUAGGUUGCUUUAUUGAGCUACUCUUUACAUGCAGUUAUCUUUUGGUGUGAGACUUGUUCUCUGAUUGUGAUACACUCUCUUAGUCUUAGUUAUGUAAAAGGUUAAAACUGCAGGGGAAGAUGUUGCUAUGUGCUGUAGAUUCAUUUCAGCCACAGAGGAGAAGCUGAAGAAGACUUUUGGUCUUGUCCAACCCCUAAGACUCAAUUACUCUGAAAUUUUAUUAGAUAGGUAGCAGCUGCUUAGUAGGAGUGGGGGGUGGGGGGUGUCUUUAUGAUUUACCAGUGAAGUAGAGGUUCAGAAUGUGAAGGAGAUGAACAGUAUUCAUUCUGCACUUCCUUGAGAUUGAAAACUGGAUCCCAUCCCCUUGCUGCUUUGCUUAGAGAAGGGUAUUCUUAAUAGGACUGUUGCCGGCUUUGUAAAAUGAAAACUUUUUAUGAGUGCAUCUGGCACGAUUAAGGUGGGUUAAUGCAAGACAAUAAUGAAUAGCAUGGAUUCAGGGGUCAUUUUCUCCUCAGAUAGAGCCCCCUAGCUUCUUGGUGCCAAAAAUGUUUUCCACCCCACAUCACACCAAUAAGCAACGGUAGCUUGCAAACAGGAAGCUCAACAGGAAGUACCUAAUUAAAUGGUACUUCUGGUCACAGGAGUAUAGAGGGACAGUUGUCGAUUUUGGCACAAGGGUUUCUCUGUUCUCUCCUGCCAAUCAUGAAGAAAGUGCCUUUCCCUUAUUAUUGGUUUGUCACAGCCAGCUCUCCAAGCUGGGCUUUAUAGUUACAGUAUUGGGGAUGGCAGGGGAAUGCAAAUUCCACAUAGGAAAAUGAAGAAUUGAGGAUAGCUGCAACACAUUUUUUUGACAUCCUGUAUGUUUUGAGCAGAAACCCAGGGAAAUGCUUAGCCACAGGGGUGCUAUCAGCCACCAUAGAGGCUGGAGUAGUUAACAGCGAUGUUAGCAGAGGGCCUCCCUAACAGAGGGCACAGAUUUGCAUGUGAUGAUGAUGAUGAUGAUUUUAUUAUUUGUAUCCUGCCCACCUGACUAAGUUGCCCCAGCCACUCUAGGCAGCUUCCAAGAAAUAAAAGCAUAAUAAAACACCAAACAUAAAAAACCUUCCCUAUACAGGGCUGCCUUCAGAUGUCUUCUAAAAGCUGUAUAGUUAUUUAUCUCCUUGACAUCUGAUGGGAGGGCAUUCCACAGGGUGACUAUGAGCCUGCUCAGUCUGUUGUUCAGGUGUUCACUGUUGAUGGGCAAUGUCAAGAUCCCCGCCCGACCCUCCUGCUGCUUUCCCUUCUCAGGGUUCGGUUUUUUUAAACAUUACUUGGAUUGGACCACCCUUCAGACAAAGAACUCCUUCAAAAAGAGGAAUGCUGUCUGCAAAGCAAGACACAUGGCCAUUCCAUAAAGUAUGCAUUGGCACCUGAAAUAUACUCAGAGUCGAAAGUGGAUUUCAUGCUCUUUAUUCAGCUCAUAGUGGUGAGGAGGAAUGAAAGUCCCCUCAAAGUAUCUGCUUUAUAUACAUUAUUUACACAAUGGGCUGCAAGUGAUUGGCUAAUUCCGGAAUUCUCCUGUAGGCCAAUCAGGUUGUGGAUUCACUUCCAUCUAGAGCCUGAUUGGGUGGCUCCUGCAGACCAAUCAGACUGCUGCAUUCUGAAUCCUAUUGUUCUAGGACCAAUCAGACUGCUGUAUUUUGGAUCCUAUUGUUCUAGGACCAAUCAGACUGCUGCAUUUUGGAUCCUAUUCAACUCAGUACAUAACAGCACCCCUAACACUUUGAUGAGAACUGAUUAAAAAUGAGCUGGGCUUUGUACACAUUACUGGUUAAAAUGCAGCAAGGUCUCCGCCCUGCUGCAUUUCAAAUCAUAGUUGCAUGCUGUCAUACACAUCAUUACAGCUGGAUGUGUUUCCAGGUUGCCUGCUGUCUGUCCAUGCCAGUGGGCAGAGAGGGGGCGCGGAAGUCUUAAUAUGACUUAUGUUUUCAAAUUGUAUUGAAGCUCAUUUGGGGUAAAACACAUCAAAACUCAGUAUUUCUCAAGAAACUGCAGGAUAGAUGUGGAUUGUGGCUAAUGUCAUGUGUACACAGCUUCCCAAACCAGUGGUGGGUGUGCCCUGGAUGCAGAGUCAAUGGGAGUGUGUACACAACCCAGUGUGCUGAUGAGAACAAAAGGAGUCUUGAGUGGGGGGAAAUGUCUGCUGUGCUUUUUGUUUUGGCCUCUAGGUGGCACUGCAUUUGUGGCAGUGGCGUGUAGUCUUGGCAGUGGAUUUGUUUUCAGUAGAAUCAGCACGUAAGUGAUUAUCAGACAAUUUCUCAGAACUCAUAUCCAAAUGACGGGACGGAGGCCAGGAAACAGGAUGUUCUUCGACUUUUUUUGGUGGGGGGAGAGAGUAAGUAAAGAAGCAAGCAAGCAGCCCCAAAGGAGAACUCCGUCAAUUAAUAAACUUGAGAUGGAGAAAGAUUGCAUGGCCCACGAGAAGCGUGCUGGUUACACACAGCUAAGGAAAACUUAUGCCCUGAUGCACAUUUGAUAUGGGAAUUUGUCUCACAAGCCAAAAAGAAUUUGUUAUGAAGGCAAGGAAACAAAAGGAGCAAAAUUCCAAGGCAAUUGGGCAUCUUAAGGGCCCCCCAAAACACACACACGCACACGUACGUGAUGCUGCUGAAGGUGUAUGUGUAGACAUGGUCAGCCUCUUGGAUGAGAGACCCCUGGGAGGCUUCUGUAGGAGGAGGAUAAGAUAUAUUUUCACGUAUUGCUUCAGUUAGGCAUAUAAAGCCUACAGUGUCCCGGAUGCUCACGUCAUUUGCAUUGACCAGUGCCUCUCCGCCACUUUUCUUCUGCAGGAGCAGUGAUUGGAUAUAGCAUAGCUAGUUUGAGACAGGUGGCUCAAAGUCAAUUUAAACUUGACAUGUGAAAAUGGCAGCGCCCUCUAUAUCACUUGCACUUUAACUCCUAUGCCCUGUUUAUUUCAAUUGAUCUUAAUCUCCUUUAACAUUGUAAACCUGCCCAUUGGCUCAAAAUGCCCAAAACAGUAUACUGACACAUUUUUUGUAUAGAAAAUGGAAGUAAUCGUUGUUAUAUUCUUUGCUGUGCCCAGGACUCUUUGCUCCCUGACACUGUUGUGAGCAAGCCUUCUUGGUGCUUAACUGAAGUCACUGGGACUGACCCUAAGCAGCAAGUCAUCCCCAAGUCAAAUGGACCCAUAGCCUCAGAAUGUUAUUACAUUGGUUAACCCCAUGGAAGUUAGGUGCCCCAAGUGAUAUACUUCACUUCAUUCCAGUUCUCUUAAACGACACAGUGCUUAGGACGCAUUUUAUGUACAACCAGGAAAAAAAUAGUCUCUUGGGUAGGGAGGCUGUUGUUAGGAUGAACACAAUAUGAAUUGCAGAAUGCUUUGCACAGUAAGAGCGCUGUGAAAAUGUUUACUAGAUUGAGAAGCAGUGGAAAGUUAACAGAACUUUUGUUUAUGCUGGCAGACCCCCCAGUGCGGAUUGUGGGGCGUGAUGAACUGCAGACUCAGCACCGCUGCCUGACCUCGGAGGACCUGACCCUGUCUGUGACGCUGUCUUGCCCUAAAGGAGAGGUGAAGUGGUACAAGGAUGGAGAGAAGCUGCAGGACACAGACCGUGUGCGUCUGGAGCAGGAUGGUGCGUGCCAUUCGCUGGUGAUUCUGGGAGCCGAGCGCUGUGAUGCAGGAGAAUAUCUGUGUGAUAGUGGUGAUGACAGCAUCAUCUUCUACGUCACGGUAGAGGGUAAGGUCUGGGCCUGGAAGGAGAGGGGCCGCUUUUGAGAACCUUAAAAAAAAAAAUCAUUUUUUUCAAGGCAAGAAUGCAGUCUCACAGCAGAAAGAGCAUCAUGUUCCAGUGUACAGAUUGCUUCAAUAUUAUUUCAGUAAUCUAAAUUCAGUAAGGGAGAAAAAGGUUUCGAUGGGAAUUUGUCCUCCCACGUACAUUUGCAAAAGGUCAACUUAUUCACAGUCAUUACCUUUUGUUUCGUGUUUCCAUCAACUACAGUUCUGGCUGCUAUUGUAAUGUUGCCCACAAAUUCUCAGUGUCUCUUGAAUAGACUCUCGGAGGGAUCCUCAUAAUGUUAGGAAAAGAAAGAGUGGGAAAUUCAUAUCCUGUAAUUUAUUGCCUCGGCUUCUUUAUGCCAAUAGCAUUCAGUUUCUUCUCCUUGACACCAACAUGCAUGUAAUUAGCUUGCCUUCAUAGUUGCAUCUCCAGCUUCUAUAUGAAAUGCCACUGAUAUAACAUCUUGUAACAUUUAUCAUUCAAAGCACCUGUUAAGUGGGAUCUCUGCAACAAAUAAUCUCCCAUCAUUCAUGGUGAUUUUAUGAGUUAAAACUUGUUCUUAUUGAUGUUUGCAGUAAUAAUGAGAGUUGUGGAUACUUGGUGCUUUAAAAAAAAACAGCAGUCUAACAACAAUCAACAUUCAGUACCAAAAAAGUUGUAUUCUACAUGAAUUACUUAUGAAAACCAAGCAAAUGCAUAUCUACUUGCUUAUUUUCAAGAAUGUUGGUGGUUUUGGAGAAUACUAGCACCUCAUCUCCAACUGCUGUUGAGAACAUAUUUAUAUAUUUUUAUAUAUAAAAAUAUUUAGCUACCGCUGUAUCAUAGAAAUAGAUCACAGAGUUUUACAAUAUAAAACCAUAAAAUCAUAUAGUAAAAUCAUUUUUUAAAAGAGAUGGGUUUUAACCACUUAAUGUGGAAACUCAGAAGGUGCCUGUGAACAGAUAGUAGCUGUUGCAGAAAAGUACAAAGGACAAGUCCCUGGCAGAUUGAGUUCUGUUCUGGGGUCAGGGGGCACUUCCAAACUCUCAGUUUUUUUACGCAAUCAAGUUGAUUUGGUGCUGUCCUGCAACAAACCCACUUUCCCCCAAAACUGGACCUUUUGUGAUAAGGAAAGUGAUGGGAAAAUUCACUGGAAAAGGUCAGAUAACAACUGCUUGAUGCAGAAUUGUAUAAUCUCCCCAGGAAUUAGAAUGAAUACUUAAUAAACAACCUCCCUGCAGACUUGGUGCAAACAUGCUCUAUAAGCAGGUUAUCUGAAAGUGACCUGGAUCAGGUCAUAAAGCUACUGGUUGCUGCUAGUCCUGAUCACUGUAUAUUACCUCCAGUAUAUUUCAUACAGUCUGCUUUUGAAUGCCAGUUUCUGGGGUCACAAGUGGGAAGAGGGUGAUUACACCCGUGUUUUGCUUGGGCAUCUGGCUGUCCAUUGUGAGAGCAGAAUGCUGCACUAGAGAAGUCUUUGGUGUAACCCAGCAGGACUCCUCUGGUGUUGUUACAGCUGCCCACCCAGGAAAGAGACCCAAGGAAAUCACUCCAUCUGUGGACAGCAUGACAGCCCUCACUGGACACUGAGAGGGCUGCAAGUGGUGGGCAGUGAGAACACCACAGUGUAUGAGCUCUAAUGCGCUGGUGUUUGAUGUUUCAUAGCAAACUGCCUAUCAGUCCUUCAUGUGUCCUCUGAAAUCAGUCUCAUGUGAAUACACUGAGCUUUUAAGGGUCUGCCCAUUUAAAGGAAUCUCUAGUUUUCCCCUCCCCCAAACCUGGGCCUGCUUCAUGGUGGAAAGGAAGUGAGAUAGGGUUGAAAUUUGCUGCCUCAUCCUUUGUUGGGUCAGAAAAGCACAAUGUUCCCCACCUUUUUGUGGGUAUUCCUGUGUGCCCCCUCUGCUCCAUCUUAUCUGUGUUCGUGCUUGUGUUCACCCUCUUUAUGACUACCGGAUGGCAGAUGGUUGUGUGUGCCUUUCUUCCUCUAGACCUGCAGACCCUGUCUGUGCCCUACACUGUGACACCUUGUCUCUUUCUCUGUUUCCUAAGAACCUCCCAUUUCCAUUGUGGGAAACACAGGGGUUCCAGAGCACCACUCGCUGGUGUCCGGAGAGGCUCUGGUAUUGGCUUGCAAGGUGUCUUCGCCUAGUGCUGCUGUGCGCUGGCUGCGGAAUGGGGAGGAGCUGGUACCCAGCAAGCGGGUGCGCAUUGAAGCCCAUGGGAGACAACGUCAACUCACCAUCCUUGGAGCCAAGCCGGGAGACUCAGGCUCCUAUGUGUGCGAUGCAGGCACUGACCGAAUGGAGUCCACGGUUAAAGUGGCAGGUGAGGCCUCGUCAGAAAAAGCGAGAAAACUGGCAAGCCAUGACUGGGGUUGAAAGUCGGGGGUACAGAGAGGUGGGCAGCUCAGAAAUGGUGCUUAUCCCAUUCCUUCUUCACUGGAUGGAGAACUCAGGAGCUGGUGUUGUGCAAUUGCUUGGACCAGAGGUAGUCAAAAAGCAAGCUAACAAAUUGCUGCCCUUUCAUGACACCCAAAAUCUGCUGCCUCAGCUGCCUCACUCUGCCUAGUGGUUGGGCCAGCCUUGGCUGGCUUCAUUGCUUUGUGGCAGGGGUUGUCAACCUUUUUGGAUCCAUGGGCAUGUUGUAGGCACCAUACACACCCACCCACAGCCAAGCACACACCAUAACCUAUUCUACUAGCUACAAAGAAUGCUUCUUUCAAGCCUAAAUUCAACAGGAGGGGACCCUGUGAGUACCAGGGAAGGCCUCUGGGGGUGCAUGCAUGCCCUUGGGUGCCACAAUGGUGACCCCUGCUUCAUGGAUAGCAUUUGGGGGGUUAGUACAGAGAGCCGGAGUUGUGCUCCCACCUUCAGGCUCAGAGGAACUUAGUAAUGGAACGCGGCAGGUGACAAGUGAAGGGUUCAGACUGCUUCUCUAUCUGCACUCUGCCAGUGAGGGGGUUAAAUUUAACUUCGGCUGAUUCUCAGGCGCCGCUACUUCUGCACCUUCUGCCAACAAAUGCUGCCCUCCUUGAAAGCAAGGGAGGCCUUAUUGACUGGAGGUUGUUUUUCUUUUCUUAAGUGUGAGGGGGAGGGAGUUGGCAAGGGCUGCCCCUACUAGGACAGGUGCUUUGAGGAGAGGCAGGGAAGUAAUCCCAGUGGCCUCUGCCAAGAAGGUAGGGUGCCAGCAGGCAGGAGCAGUGGCCUUUCCAGCAUCUGGGACUGGGCACUGUGCCUUUUUGGGAGAAGAGGAAGCCAAAGAGCAAAAACAAGUGCUGGGGGCAGCAGGACACAUUUCUAGAGUGGCUGUGGAUUUUGUCUUGAGGCAAACGCUCAGCUCCAUUCAUUGUGGCACCCACUGCCAGGGCAGUUCAGGACUUUGAACAUACAAAUGCUCACCAAAAGCAGUGAAAUUUUGCUACCACAUAUAAACGAAGCAAGUUUGCUGACAUGCACUUGCCCUACAUGAUUUAUUUUAUUUCCUGAAAUGAGUAUGAGUAAGAAGGGGUGGGAGCAACAAGAGCAACCAUGGAGUCUUGCUACUGACUAUUGAGUCCUACUUAGUUUCCCUCUGGAUUAAGUGUUCCCUGACAUUGACUAUGGUAGGGUUGCCAUAUUUCAAAAAGCAAAAUUCCUGACACCCACAAAGUUGUUGAGACCUCAAAAAUGUUGAGCUUUUUUGGGGAACAAACCCAAAUUAUUGAGCUUUUGGGGGAAAACCUACCCCCCAAAUAGUGAUCUUAAGCUUUUGGAGCUGUUUCCACUGCUUUUUCCAUCACAUUGUCAUACAUCCGGGUUUUCCCUGACAUUUUGCCACUUUGGCAAAAUUCCCCCCGACGCCAUUUUUACACCCGAAAACCAGGACAUAUCAGGAAUUUUCCUGACAUAUGGCAAGCCUAGCCUAUGUGCUCACAAGUCUGUUUUUGCUGUCACAAAAAGAAUGAAGUAGAAACUUGGUUUAUUACGAAUAUUUAUAAAAUGAAAGCUGGUGAUAUUCUGUUUUUCACCAAACAGAAAAUUAUACACAGUGGAUGUCAAGAAUUUUGACUCCUGGGGCAGAAAAUCCAAAUGGCACUUCCCAGCGAUGCUGUUGUAUUUGAUUAUUAUAAUUUGAGAGGCUGGACCUCUUUUGUCUAGGAUCUUUUCUGCAAACAAAAUGCUAAUACUUAAUAGAAGGAAGCCACAUAUGUUGUUGUCUAGAAAUGCUGAAUUUGUGCCAGGCAAUCUUAAUUAUGUACUAAAGUGCUAUCACAAAAUAAAUGAUCCAUGAGAAAAUAUGUUAGUUGGGGUUUAUGUAAAAUACAACCCCUGUAGCUGUAGAGCUACAGCUUAAAAAAAGAAAAACAGCCACCCUUGACAAUUUCUUGCCCUUUAUUGGCACAAGUCCAAGACCACCUCCUUUCACCAGCCUGCCUACUUUGCAGUGGGGUUGGCUGUGUUUUCACAGGACAGCAAAAUGUCCCCUGCCUUGCUUAAGAGGGAGGUCUUAUAUCUCUUGUUACCAGCACCCCCUGUGCACAUUGUGAACAAGAACGAUGCCCAUGUGCCUUUGGAAGUCCAGGAAGGAGAGAACAUGACCCUGGUUGCCCGUCUCUCCCAAGAGAAAGCUUCUGUCCGGUGGCUGAAAAACAUGCGUCCCCUUUAUCCUGGGCCACGCCUGGUGGUGAGCAGCGAGGGGGCAGUGCGCAGCCUCACCAUCAGGCAAGCUGAGCCAGGUGACAGUGGCACCUAUACCUGUGACACUGGGGACGAUGAAGUGCAUUUCACAACGUAUGUGCAAGGUAAGAUGGGCCCACCAGUUCCCUUUCCAGGCCUGAUGGGGCGACAGUAGCAAGGAGAAGCUUCCAGAACCAAGUCCCCCCAACUCCUCCAUCUUCCUUAUGUUUCUGGAAGCCUGUGGCAGCCAUUGUGGCAGUUCCAUUCUGUGACAUUGGCAGUGGGAGGAGGAUUGGAAAAGUGUGUGGUAUCACAAGGUGCUGUGACAGGAGGAGCAUGUGUUUGGUGCUAGGAGCUGUAGGGUGGUCCCACGUGCAGCCUGUGAACUAUCAACCUGCAAUAUCCUCCUUGCAAAGGUAUUUCCUCCCUGGUGGUGGUGUGGGGCAAGGGGGAAACUCAUGGACCAAACAUCAGGGUCUGAUGGAAGUCUCCUGUGUUCCCUAGUAACAAGGGAGAGUUGGAGUGACACACAUAGAACAACUAAAGAGAAAAGCCAGAAGUGGAGUUAGCUGCACCAAUUGACAAGGUGUAGGGUGGGGAUUUGAAGGAACCACUUGGCUCAGCUGGGCAGAUGUUGGAGACCAUUCUGACCACCUUCUACCCUCUCUAAUCCUCUUCUUUUUCCGCCAGAGGCCCCCGUGCUGUUUGUUCCCAAGCCAGAGCAUCCAGAGAAGGUGCUGGUGCUGGAGGGUGGCAGUGCAGUGCUCUCUGCCAUCGUCUCCAAGGAGCCAGCUAUGGUGAGGUGGGAAGGACCUCGAGGGGCCUUGGUGGCGGGCGACCAGUGCCAGCUGCGCAGAGAGGGCCGGGUCCACAGCCUUCUGCUGAGCAACGUGGGCAAAGCAGAUGCUGGAGAGUACAUAUGCCACUCCCAUCAUGACCAGCUGCGCUUUGAGCUGAGUGUCAAAGGUGAGAGGUCUGUGUUGGGGAACACGGGAGGCAAUCCCAUAUGAGACUGGCAGCACUUCGGGGCUCUGUGGAAUGGGCUGAACAAAAAGGAAGCAAGUCCCUUUAGGAUGGCUUGUGAGACUCAAAAUGGAGUGAGGAUGUUUUGUUAAUUUAAUGCUUCUCCCACAUAGUGGCCUCCAGAUGCUUUGGACUACAACUCCCAUCAGCCUCAGCUGGACGCCACUACACAGGGAAGCCUGCAUCAAAUGAUUUUGUUAAAGGCAGAAUUAUGGCAGGUGUGCCAGCUUCUACCAUACUGGGAUAAGCCACAUGGGUUGAAAUUCUCCCUUUUACACAAUGGUCAAAGGAGCCUGCUUCACCAAAGUCUCUGUAUUUCCCAGUGAACCUGUAUCUAUUCCCAGUGAGCCUUGCACCUUUACUGGCUAGUCCAGCCUUCACCAGCCUGAUGUUCUCCAGAUGUUUUGGACUACAAUUCCCAUGCUGUCCGGGGUUGAUGGGAAAUGUAGUCUGAAACAUCUGGAUGAUAUCAAGUUGGAGAAGGCUGGCUUGGAGCAAUUGCUAAUUUAGUCUUAUUCCAAACCUGACGGCUUUCUUUACAAGGGGAUGUGGCAAGCACAAAACCGUGAGCCUCUCCCUGCCACAUGAUAGCCUAAAAGCUCACUUUUAUAGAGCUAUGCUGAGUUGUUCAGGUAGUGAAGGACAGGGGCAGUCAGCAGGAGAGAACUGCAGGUGGAGUUGAAGCUUUGCUUGGUGUUAUCUGUUUGGUUGCUCUUGAUCUAGAAGAGACAGACCUCCGGCCAAUUUCAGAAAUAGCCUGUAUUUUUUCCUCCACACACUGAGAACAAUCAGUGGCUAUUAGAAGUGUUAGUUAAAUAGAUUGUCUCUAUUCAUAGAGGCAAUAUUGACCUAAUUUCCAGGUGCUUGGGGCAAACAGUGAGAUGAUCCCCAUUGCGAUGCUCUUGUAUAAUUCCAGAGGCAUCUGCCUGGCCGCUGUAGAAAACAUAAUAUGGGGUGAGAAGGGCUCUGCUCUGAUCCAACAAGGCAGUUCAUGGUUUAUGACAAUAAGUAGCAACCAAAGCUCUAGCACACAGGCCUCUUCUGCAUGCUUAUGUCUCUUAUUUGGAUCCCCACUUUGAUCCCCCUAAUCUGGGUUUGCACUUUAGCGAUUGUGGAGUUGACUUUGCUUUGAAGGGGCCCGAGCCCAGUGGUGGAGCGUGGGAUUUGCAUGUCCAGCAUUCUUUGACUCAGUCCUUGGCAUCUCCAGUUAAAGGGAUUCUAGGGUGGAGGGCCAGGAAACAACACUGGCCUGACUCAGUACAGUAAGCCCACAACUUAUACAGGGGUUACUUUCUGGAGAUGGCGCUUAAAGCUAAAAUCGUGUGUAGUUAAAACACUUUGGGUUCAAUGGCGGGUGGGUACUGUAUACUAUAAGGCAACUUCAUAUACACAGGAUUUUUAUUUUUUCUCCAACCCCUGCCACCACUUUUAUGAAAGCAGCUUGUACUUUCUACAUAAAAAACUAAAAUCACUUAUCUGCCAUAUUAUAUUUACACAAGAUUUUCUGUUCCUUGGUUCAGCAACUGGCAUUUUUGGCUUGGUGUAGAGCUUGGAACAGUCCAGCCCUUUUGUAGCCAAGAUUGGAAAGCAGGGAGUCCAGUUCCCUGUGCUCAAAUUCUGUGACUGGCAUAAAUAAUGCAUGUUUGCAUGUGUUCACACAAGUUCCUUAUUUAUUCAGCAAUUUGGAAGACUUAAGAGUGAGUGAAGAGUGCUACUUCAGAAGCCUUUCCUUCUGAACUUAGUGAAAGCCGUUCCUCAAUCUUUUGGGUUUCUUCAGAAAAUUAUGUCCUCAAAUAUUUAUUUGUUUUCAUGAAGGUUGGAAAUUUAGAAAGAAUUGUGGGUCUUGGGCUUCUGCAAAAGAGCUGAGUUGCUGUAUGAUCAGGAUUUUCUGCAGGUUUCCAGACAACCACCACUACUCACAGUAUGUAAGACAGCAAGUGUUCUGCCUUUUGCCUUCUCACCUCAGUGGUACUAUUCCUUGCCCUCCUCAGAGCUGCCAGUGAAGUUUGUUCGGGGUCUCUCAGAUGUGCUGGCGCUGCAGGGGGAGACGGUGUUGUUCUGGUGUGAGCUGUGCAAAACCAAAGGUGAUGUCCUCUGGCUGAAAGAUGGGCAGGAGCUGGAAGCCAACGAACACCAGGAGAUCCGAGCAGAGGGACGGGAACGUUCCUUGACCCUGAGACACGUAGGGCCUGAGGAUGCUGGUGAAUACUCGUGUGAAAGCAAGGAUGACCGCACCCUCGCCAUCCUCACAGUGCAGAGUGAGUCCUUUGGGGAAAGGGCCUGAGCUCAGUGGUUUUGCAUUCAAUGUUUUGCAUGCCAAAUGUCCCACAUUCCAUCCCCAGCACCUCCAGAUAGGACUGCGAUGGGGAAAGACGCCUUUCAGAUUUCUGGAGAGCUGCUGCCAGUGGGUGUAGACAGUUCUGAAUGGGAUGUACCAAUGGUCUGACUCAAUAUAAGGCAGCUACCUAUAUUAUUUCCCAUGGAACAACUUGCUCUGGUUCCAAUAACCUGUGUCCAUAAUCCUACAUACAUUUUUAUUGUGGGCCACUGAGAUGCUAUGAGGGCUGGGUGCUGGGAUACCCCCACUGGACUGACAAGAUACUGUGUAUCAAUAGGCUUCUGGGAUAGCCAGGCCCCCCCCAGCACAGGCCUAGCCAUCCCUGACUCUAAGCACUUUCUUCCCCAGUCCCUAGAUCAGUGGAAAUCAUUUCCGAGCUCCACAACUUAACUGUGCUGGAGGGGGAUGAUGCCACCUUCAAGGCUGUGGUGUCUCCAGAUGACGUGGCUCUCAAGUGGCAGCACCAUGGCCAAGAUAUAGUGCCCAGUGAGCGGUUCGCCACCACCAGGGUUGGGCUGUGCCACACCCUCACCAUACAGCAGUGCCGGCUGAGUGACACUGGCAUAGUCACUGUCCACGCAGAAGGUCUGGUGAGUUCAGCCAGGCUCAGUGUGCAAGGUAAGAAGAAAGGCGAUGCUAGCAUGUGGUUUUGGGAUGGAUCAAAGGAGCAUCUAAGUAGCCGGGCGGUGGCACGUAUUGGUAGUAAGCAGGAGUAGGGACACCUGUAUUUACCCUAUCUACCAUGUGCCCCACCCUGCUUCUGAACUGUGCAUUAAGGAAAUGCAAAUUCUGCUAUCUGAAUAAAGUAAACAAAUUAAGAACGAUUGCCCGUCUUUGCUUAUUUGGCAUGAUAUAGUUUGCUUCUUUAGCCCUGCAGGGCUCGCAAUAGAAGCUUUGUUGGAAGUUCUGCUAAACCUCACCCUCACCCCUUGUCUUAUGAGAUUUUGCCUGCUGCUGCACAAUUGAUUUUUUUUUUUAAACCCCCUGUAGCUCUACAGGUCCUUGCACUUUCAAGCAGCGAAAGCUGAGCUUCUCAGGGUGCUGGAUUCUGUAGCCAGUACCAAAUUCUGUUCCAACCAGCAUGCCAAACGCACCUGGACCUUGAUGGUUAUAAUUUGGCGCUUACAGAUUCAUGGUUCUCCCUGAUAGAGAGGCAGGGGGCAUGGCCUGGUAACAUGCCAGGAUAGGAUAUGAAACUGUAGUUGACAAAUCUUUGACUUCUUCCUGCAGAGGCUCAGGUGAUAUUUGUGCAGACACUGCGUGACUUGAUGGCUGAGGAAGGGCAAGACGUCUGCUUGGAAGUGGAGCUGAGCUUGGAGAGCGCAGAAGUGCAAUGGAUGAAGCAAGGCAUCCUUCUGCAGCAGAACACCAAAUACUCCAUGGAGGCAUGUGGGUCUCAGCGGACCCUUACCAUCCACAACAUUGAGCUUGCAGAUCGGGGCACCUACCGCUGUGAGAGCCUGCAUGACCGCACCCAAGCCAGGCUGAGUGUAGAACGUAGGUGCCAACCUCUGACUUCUUCCCCAUCCUUUUUUGUCUCUCUGAUCUUGGCUGUAGAUUAUCUGUGGCUGCCACAAUUUUAACUGGUGUAGCCAGAUAGAAUCAUAAUUCACUGCUGCUGAAGGAGUUACAUUGGUUGCCUAUUCGUUUCUGAGCCCAAUAAAAGGAGCUUACCUUUAAUGUCCUAAAUGGCUUUGGACCCAAAUAUCUGAAGAAGCAUCCCUCCCCCUACCAACCUGCCAUACCUUAAGAUCUUCAGAGGAGGCUCCUCUGCAUGUACCUCUGUUGGAGGAGGUUUGUUUUGUGUCACAAACACAAAACUCUACAUGCCUGAAAACAGGCAUUUUCAGCUCUUGCCCCUGUUCUGUGAAAUGUCCUUACCUUUGCCAAAUGUGAAGCAGCAACCAUCAGUUGCUUAGGAUGACUUGUAAGGACUUACCUUUUGGCCCAGGCAAACUCAUAAGAUUGGAACCCACCUUAUGUAUGAAUCCCCUGAAUCUGUUUUAUAUGUUUUUUAAUAAAAUACCGUUUUGUUGAUUUUAGGCUGUAGUUUUGUUUUAAUGGAUUUUUUUUUAUAUUGUAUGUAGUGUGCGCCAUUUUUUUUUUUAAUUAAGCAGUUUAGAAAUGCAUUUGAAUUAAUGGAAUACAUCAAUAACAUUCCUAGCCAGCUGCCAUUAUUCUUGGGGAGCAGGCUGCUUUCUUGACAAAACCAAAAUGGAACUUGCACUAAUCUCUUAACCUUCUUUCCCCACUAAUUCAGCCCGAAGGGUGACGGUGAGGAAGCCUCUGUUGGAUGUGGAGACUUUUGAAAAGGAGACCGUGACUUUUGAGCUGGAGCUGUCCCAUGCCAACGUGGCCGGGGUCUGGACACGCGAUGGCAUCCGUGCGAAGCCAAGCUCCACCUGCCGAGUGAGCGCCACGGGCUUUGUGCACAGCCUGACACUGCUGGGGCUCAUGCUGGACGACUCAGGGACCGUGGCCUUCACCGCUGACACUGUGCGAAGUAGUGCCCGCCUUACUGUCCAAGGUACUGGGGCAAGGCAGUCCAUGCGCAAAGGGCAGAAUUGUCUUGUGCUAGAUGAGCCCCACCUAAUACAUUCAGCAGGGAUGGGCAGUCAAGGGGAAGCAAUGGGAAGGAGAUGCAAAUGGGGAUAGUGCCUGGAAUGGCCCUGAGGUGAGGAAAGUCCUGUACAUGCCCCUUCCUUCCUUCCUUCCCAUGUGCAGCUGUCUGGGGUUGGAACCGCAGUAAUGAUACUUCCUGCUGCCCAGUUGGACCCUUGGGUCUGGGCUCUUCAGUAGCUGAGCAAAGCAAAAACAAAACGCAUCCAAUGCCACUAUCCUCAGCACCAACACAGAAGUGCCAGCUCACAUAGAAUGCUGUAUUUAAUACUUUCUUCUGCAAGCAGCAAAUGCAUUCUUUGGGCUGCAGCUCCCCCCGCUCCCGGGGCAUGUCCACUGUGUUUUAGGAGAUGCGCAUCUCUCCCCUUCACAUGCACUGACCACAACAAGCACUAGUUCAGGGAUGGGGCAUCAUUUCCAUUCAGCCAUGCGCAUUCUGUGCUAGGUAGCCUUCUUGGAGUGGUGGUCACAUGCCAGUGGUGGGUGGAGCCAGGGAAAAAGAUGGGCAGAGCAGUUAAUGUUAAUUGUGCCUCUGCAUAAUGGGCCAGUUUCUGUACAUACUCACGCACCCCUUUCUAUCCUCCAUCCAGGCAAACAAAAGGUAUUAUCAGAGUUCUCAAGGGCACAUACCAGCCAAGCAAGAACAUUCAAGGAAGGUGCCAAGCAGGGCCUGUGAGAGAUGUGGCAGGGGUGGGUGGGUGGCCUGAAGAGAGCCUCAAGGGCCUGAGAUUUCCCAUCCCUUCACUAGUCCUACAAGACACUCAGCCUGACACUGCUUUGAGCUGCUUUACACUCAAUACAGCACUUGCAGUUACACUAAACUUCUCAGUUGAUACUUACGGAAUUUGCUGGCACAAUAUGUGGUGAUCACUACUAGCUUAGAUAGCAUUAAAAUGGCAAGCUCACCUGGGGUGAGGCUAUCAGUGGCUUCUGGUCAUGAAGGCUGUGUACUGCCUCCAGUAUCGGAGGCACCUUGCCUCUGAAUAUCAGUUGCUGGGAAUGGCAGCAGGAGAGGAUGGUUGCCCUCAUGUCCUGCUUCUGGGCUUCCCAGAGGCAUCUGGUUGGUCACUGUGGGAGGUGGGGUGCUGACAAGAUAAGCCUUUGCCAUCUGAUCCAGCAGGUCUCUUCUUACACGUUUCUAUGGAGCAAUGUCCAAAGCUCCUUAUUUCUGCAGGGCUGUGUCAAGUGCGAAGCACCUAACCGUGGGGUCAGGUUGGGAGUGGUGAAGGCAAGAGGUAAGGAAGCUGGGCGAGUGUGUGCCUUCCAUGCUGAACUUGGGUAAGGGCUGCAGGGAGUGCCCUGCCUUGACUAAGCAGAGCGUUAUGCUGUCUCAUUGAUCUUUUCCGUCUCCAAGUCGAUGCAUCUUUGUGCCACCUGCACCCGCCUUUGUCUCUGUCCCUGCAGAGCCGCCAGUUACUAUGCUGCGCUUUCCCCAGGAUAUGGGCAUCCCUGAGACAGGCUCAGCCACCUUUGAGUGUGAGCUGUCCCGGCCCCUGGCUGAGGUGAAAUGGUACAAGGUGAGGGUGCUAUCUCUAGCAUUGCCCCCUCCUUUAACUCUCCUGGAUCUCCCCGGAGCUCCCAAGAGCAGUAGUUUUCCUUCCAAAGAGCGUGGCUUGUGGCAGGGUGAGCCAGUGCUUCUGCGAUGCCCGCUUCCACAUCUCCCCACUGUGCCCUUAGUGAACCCGAGAGCAGCACCCAAUCCCCUGCUCUCUGGCAUUCUCCUUCUUGCUGCCUUGCUCAGCCCUUAACCAGCCUCUCUUUUCUGUGUCCCCGGCUGCCCUAGGAUGGGGAAGAGAUCCAGACCGGGCAAAACUGCCGCAUGUAUUCAGUGGGACGCCGGCGCCUCCUACAGCUCAGCCACUGUGGCCUUGAAGACGCGGGCGAGUACACAUGCGAUGCUGGUGACUGCCGUGCCUCUGCCAAACUGAGGGUCUUUGGUAUGAAUGGCCUGGGCUGCAUAUGGGAUCAGAGGUCGAGGAAGAGGGUUGGGCUAUACAAAGCGCCCUUUAACUCCACAUUCUCUGGGUGGGGGGUUGUCUGCUGUUCCCUUUUGCCAUAUGCUGUCGACUCACCCCCCUGCAGCAUCUUCCUGGCACUGCCUCUCUUGUGCCUUGGAGGUAGACUUGGGAUCGGCUACACCGUGGUGACUCAGAGUCUUGUUCCUGAAGCUUGUACAGCUUGUACAGGAAGCCGUGCUUAAGGAUAAACAUUCAGUGCUGGGUUUGAAAGGAUAUCUUUCUAACUUAUAAUAGCAUUUCAGCAAUGGAAGAGCAUGCCCAGGAGAGGAAUCGUACUUCCUUAAAAGCCUUCAAGAAAACAUUUGACAGCCUCAUGUCAAGGUUGCUUUAAAAGCAUAGAUAUCCCUUUUUAGGACUAGGAACUGGGCUGGAAGUGAUGAUGUCUCCCAGCUCUGCGGUAGAAAGCAAGCUGUGCAGGAAAGUCUGGAGGGGAUUAGUGGGGAGGAUGGGACUCUAGCUUCUCAAGUUUUAAUCUGAGCAGGGCUCAGCUUUGAAAGCUGAUUUAAUGCCAGGAUAUCUCUUGACAUUCAAGACGCCAUAAUAAUGAUAGAGAUGUUUCUGGGCAAGCACAGAGUGCUGUCCUUCGUCCCUAAGAAAGGACAGCCAGCUUUCUCAUGCACAACUGGAAUGAGGAAGUCAGACCCCCCCCCCCCAAUUCAGACAGUAUAAUUUCGAGGCAUACCUGACCCUUGACUGACCAGUUAAGUACUGCUGCUCCUGUCAGAAAAAGUAACGACUGGGGUGACAUAGACUUAAAUUGAUUUUAAAAAACCAUUUUCUCAAAGAACCCCAGGUACUGUAGUUCUAUGAUGGGAAAGGUGAAUUUCAAUCCACCUCACAAAACUUCAGUUCCCAGGAUUUUUUGGAGGAAAUAAUGAACAUUAUGAACAUUAAACUGAUGUAAAACCAGUUUGUCUGGAGUGUAAAUAUCCCUUAGGAGACUAGGAAACCCUAGUAGUAUCUUAAGCUCCUUAGGCACUUGUAAGCUCUUUGCUCCAAGUAGAGGAAGACAGAGGAAGUGAAUACUAAUGGUGAAUUCUUUAAGUCAGAACAUGAGGCCUGUCGGGGUCCUAAUUGGGCUUGUGAGGCUGUUUUCCCCCAGCCAUGGCUAGCUGCCCCACACUAUAUAUUAGGUGACGGCAGGUAAAGAUGCAGCUGCAAAAGAACAACUGGGAGCCUUAAAGCACAUUUCUAAUUGUUCCUCUACAAGUGGGGCUUGCAUAUGGAACUUUUUAAAAUUUGGUCCCACAUGCAAGCCCUUAUGGGAUUUGUGCCACUUGGGAGUUUCCAAAUCGGAUUGGCUCAGUUGUUGCCAGGCAGGUCUCCCUGGGGAGUGCAUGCCAUAGUCAGGGAGCCACCACUGAAAAGACCCUUUCUCCUGCAGCCUUUCUCUGUGCUUUGACUGGAGCGGGCACUAAGAGGAGGGCCUCCAAUGAUGACCUAAGGGUCCGGCAGGUAUAUCCAAGGGGAGAUGUUCAGGAGGGCAGCACUAAAUGGAAAAUCCCUGAUCAGAGGCUGCUGUUGAAGGCAUUUGACCGGCCAUUGUGGGAAGCAAGAUGCUGGACUAGGGAGACACUUUGUCUAAUCCAGCUCUUUUCUAUAGUCUGAGAGAAUGUAUUUACUGAUUCUCAUCAAAUCAUCCAAUUCAUGGAAAAGGAAGUUUGCUUGGAUGAGAUCAGUCUUUCUGGGCCAGUAAUAACCAGAAGGAGUCCCACGGUCAGGGGUGGAAACAGGUCAGAGGCAGUGUUCUCUGUGGACCCUGUAAGCCCAUAUGACACCCAGUAGGAGGUGCUCCUCAGCCCCAACUUCAUGGCUUUCUCCCCCUCUGUAGAACGCCAGGUUCAGAUUGUGCGGGAGCUGGAGGAUGUGCGUGUGCGAGAGAACGAGAAUGCUGUCUUCAUGUGUGAGGUGUCACUCGAGGAGGUGAAAGGCGAAUGGUUCCGGGAUGGGGAGAGAAUCAAAGUCAGCAGCAUUGUGAAAAUACGGCAGGAAGGUAAGUGAACCCCUUCUGUCUUGUGGUGGUGCUGAGAUGUGAUCCCCUCUAACUUUGGGUCGAGGCAAGCAAGAAUUGCAGCUACUCAGGGACAACUGAUGACAAGUCAAAUUGUGAGACAAUGGCUGCAUUCGGACUUCAUGAUAAACCAUAGUUUAUUGUGAUGGGGACAAGCCACUCUCUCCAUUCCCUCCUGCUCAAGCGCAGCCUCAAGGAAGAGAUUGAAAGUUUUUCCUUCCCGUUUCAAUUAACUAGUUUAGCAUUGCAUCCCAACCCUAAACUGGCUAAUUUUAACUAUGGUUUGCUUGAAACAGACUAGCUUCAGAACCCAUAGUUUGAAAUGGGCUUGUUUCAAAAACAAACCAUAGUUAAAAUUAAUCAUAAUUUGUCACACUGGAGGAGGAGAGCUGUGGAGUGGGUUCAUUCCCAUCACAAUAUACCUGUGGUUUAUUAUGGCACCUGAGUCUCCCUGGAAGGUGAGGAUAGAAGCAAGCCUGAUGGCUGAUCCCAUGUUCAGCUUUCUAGGAGAAGUACAGCUGAAUUGCAAGUUGCAAAGGUAGAUUCACACCAUGGUUAAAGCACUCAUGGUUGCUGCUGUGAAAAGUGACAUCUGUAUUCAUCCUAAGUAUAGGCCUCUCCUGCAGUGCCUGUCCAGAACACCGAAAUGUGGUCCUUGGUCUUUGUUUUAUUUUUUUUUUUUUAUUUUUUUUUUUUUAAAUAUUUUAUUAAGGAUUUUCUUGUUUUACAGAAGUGUAGUGCCUCGUAUUUUUUUUUUCCCAUGUAACAUUUUUACAAAUCCGUUUCAUUUGUUGAGGCAUUAGGGGGAGAAGAAAAAAAAAAGAAAAAAGAAAAAGGGGGGGUGGAGAGAGGGAAGAUGGAUGGGGGUGGGGUCGGGUGGCGGUGUUUCUAUUAUGUUUAAUGUAUGUAGAGUUUGGUGUCAGCGUUGCUUGUGUUGUUCACUUGUGUUCCUUUGGUGGUGAGAGAGGUUGGGUUUGGACUAGUUUGUGAUUGUUUGCUUGUGAUUGGCUGUGGUGAUCUUUGUUUCGUGUGUGAGUGAGGUGGGUGGGUGUUUGGAUCAGGUUGCCAUAUUGUUUGUGCUGUUUGGAUUUUGUCAUUGUCUGUUGGACUGUGUAGUGAUAAAGGGCCAUACGGGGAGGCGUCUUCUUCUGUUUGUCCGUGUAGUUUCAGUUUAUUAGUUAAUUUUCUAGUAGGCUGUUUCCAUACUAUUUGGUACCAUUGGUCCAUGCUACCUGACAGGUCUCAGUGUCUGGUUAUGGUGUUGGCUGCUGAGCAGGUGGGUUAUGAGUUCUUUGUGGUGUAAAUGGCAUUGUUGUCUUGAGAUGUUUGACAAUUCUGGGUGAUGUCUAUACUUGCUUAGUUAUUUUCAUAUAUGGCUGUUGUCAGAAUAGUUGAUUGGACCCCCACCAGAUAUGUGCCGGGUCAGCUGUAGGUUCUGUGUACCCAGUCCUUGGUCUUUGUGUGGAAGUCAUGCUAGCCCAAAUCCAGCACCAGGGACAUAGUAUCCCAUCCUAUUGUAAUGCCUGAAGAUGUGGCAGCCUUGCUAAUAAUAAAAUAGCUUUGCUACAGAAGAAUAUCCUCUUCAGAAGAGAGGUGUGCUCCAGCACAGGAGAAAGGAGAUGUGAGAGGAAUCUGUGGAAAAGCUGCAGCUCUGUGGCAGAACAGACAGUUUGCAUGCAAAAAGUCUCAGGUUCAAUUUCAGGUACCUCCAGGUGGGGCCAGGAGAGAACCCUGCCUGAAGCCUUGGAGAGCUGCUGCCAGUCAAUGUAGCAACACUGAACCAGAUGCAGCAAUAAUGCAACUUUCUGUGUUCCUUCUGAUAAAUUUGUAGAUGUGCAUUUGCCACUAAUGCAAAGUGCGUUUCUGUUCCAUUGAUUUUAAUGGCAGAUUUAAGCACAUGGAUAACUCUGUCUUUGGAAUAAAUGGGGCAUGUAGCUGGAUUUGCACUGUUUGUACAGAAAGGCUGUUGGAGCAAUUGGUGCCCUGCUUUCAAAAGAAUGCAGGAUGCCUGGGGUGGGGGAGCCCGAGUCACUUGUCGUGGGCAUUAUCCAAUCACCUGUGCAGCUGUACUCCACAAAGUAUUUGUCAUUGCAACAGAUCACUGGUGAGGAACUUCUAGCCCAUGGGCCUAAUUAUGCCUACCAUGUUUAGAGGUUGGCCUACAAGGCCAUUUUAGAAAACCACACCUACCUUUCCCUGACCUGAUGUCAUGAAGACAGGAGUGGGAAACUUCAAGCUGUGGCUAAAAGGAAGAACUGGGAGAGCACUCAAAGCACGUUCUUCAUUUGUCCUUUGGAGCCAAAAGUCAGCACUUUUCGAAUUUGGUGCCUUUUUCUCUGUUACCCUGAACGUUCUUCCUUUGCACCCACAGCCAGAUUUCAAAAAUCUUCCUUUGAAUGUGUGGCUUGAAAUCAAACCACAUCAACAAAGGAGGAGAGGAAGAACCAGGAAUACUCCCACUUAUUUCAUUUGAAGCUUUAUCACCCAGUGUAGUGAUUGAUUGAUUGAUUGAUUGAUUGAUAGGUCCCCACCGUCACAGUGGCCCAUGGUGGGUGGGGGAGUUCAGGAUCUGGCCCAUUGGGCAGAUCCAAUUCUGUACCCCUGCAACAGAUGGGGAUGGGGAAAAGAAUUUCUCCUGCAGCUUCUGAAUCUUGUGGUUUAACAAUUGGGAAAUUGAAACAGACACUCCGCUUCCCAAAAGAUGUUCAGCUCCCAGGCAACAGCCGUUUUUUUCUUAUGCAAACAGACACACAAAUGUCGAAAGGCCUGGGCUAAACAAUCCUGUACUGUCCUAGGCACCCCUAGCAAAGGAAGGCACAUGCACUUACAGCAACUCCCACUGUGCCCUGGAUGCACAUGCACACAUGCUUCUCGCCUCUAGGCAUCUGUCCCCAGGUCUGUGCCCUGUGGAGCAGUUACAGCAACAGUGGGACACGCCCCCCAGCCCAGCUUAUGUACCCUCAUCUGAUGGGGUUUGUGAGAGCAGCCUGAGGCUUCUCCUACACAGAAGCUACCACUUCUGUUCCCUCUUCAAGCCUCUCCUGGUUCUAGGAGGCAGCAGAGCAGGGGAUGGUGGGGAUUCAGCUGGCCCCUACCUUGCUUGAACAGACUCUUCCUCCAACAUGUCCUGCGUGCCCAUCUCUAUUCCUCUUCUCCCCCGUCCUGGGUCCUGCCUCGUGGCCAGCCCAAACCUCAUAAAUCUCUGGUCUCCUCUCCUGGGUUAAUCCCUGGGCCUCCUGCCUCCACCGUACACUCACCAGAGCCCUGCCAGUCCCUGACAUAAACUUACCUCAUGCCGAGCCUCUUGCUGUGCUGUUGGACCAGUCACUGAAUCCUACAUGCACUCUGCCUGAGAAGUGUAGGGGGAAAUACUAAAAAAGGAAAUAGAAACCAGUGGGAGAACAACAGGCAUGUCGCCAGCAUUGCUGGAAACACUAGCACAAUAUACCAGUCAGGGACUGUGCCAGCAAUGACAUCCACUGUUCAUCUGGACACAAGGGAGCCAAAGGACUCAUGGUGAUCCAGGCAUACCCCAGGGCAUCCUUCCGCGGGCUCACUCUAAAGGGCAAUAGUUUGGGAACCAGAAGGGAUUUUGAGCCCCAGCAAGGGGAAGGGAGCAACAUAUCCCCACUCAGUUUUAGCAUGCCUUGUUUUAAAAGCAAAUCUACUGUAUAUAACAACCAAGUAGUAUAUCCAGAUUGCAUCUGUAUUUUACUUAAUGCAGGCAUAUGACCACGUAAAAGAGUCUAACUAAAUUAAUACUAUGACUCCUCACUACUGAACAUGGCUAAAAAGUCUGUUUCAAUGACACCCCUGUGAAUAAUUGACAGCUUCUAAUUCCUUGGCAGAAAGUUCUUUGUCAAAUUCCAGCUUGAAUUGCUACUAAUCACUAGUUUUGCAAGAAAGUUAUAUCAGGUGCACUUCUUCAAGCUCACUGUGUCAUCUUGUCACCAACUCUGUUUCUAUAAGACAUAUGAGCUAUCAGUAUUCACUCCACAAGUACAUAUGGAUGUAUAUUUGUACAGUGGUGCCUCGCAAGAUGAAAUUAAUCUGUUCCGCGAGUCUCUUCGUCUAGCGGUUUUUUCGUCUUGCGAAGCAACCCUAUUAGCGGCUUAGCGGAUUAGCGCUAUUAGCGGUUUAGCGGCUAUUAAAGGCUUAGCGGCUUAGCAGCUUAGAAAAAGGGGGGGGGCGAAAAAAAUCUCAAGACUCGCAAGACAUUUUCGUCUUGCGAAGCAAGCCCAUAGGGAAAUUCGUCCUGCGAAGCGCAUCGAAAAACGGAAAACCCUUUCGUCUAGCGGGUUUUUCGUCUUGCGAGGCAUUCGUCUUGCAGGGCACCACUGUAUUAGGAAAUAUACUGAUACCAUUUGGAUUACACUACUUGGGUCUCUUGUUUGUUGCAUAGAUUAUUCCUGGGAGACACUUAUGGCCAGAUUCAACUAAACAGCUGUGCCAGCAGGAGCCAAGCCAAUGAGUCCCACUAGUGCCAUGAGGUUUCUUCUCCACCCCCUGCUGACCCCCACCCCAAAUUGGCAGAGCAGGAGGCGGGGAGGGAAGCUUAUUCUGUCUGGCAAGCAGCAAUGCUUGCACUGAUGGAACAAUUGUAUUAGCGCAACAUUGAGUUCCACCCAUAGAAUGUAUAUUUUUAUCAGUUUAAAACAAAAUAUAUCAGAGAGGGAGUUCCUGGUGCUCAAACCCAGACAUCAAAGAACAGCUUCCUAACCAUGAUGCAGCACUUGCAUUCCCCCAGACCUCACACCCGUUCCUAGGUACCAUGAGUGCAAGAGCUGCAGAAGGAGCCCUAGCUAGGUGGAACAGCUCAUGUUUAACAGGUCGGAGGUUCCUGGUUCAAAUUCAGGGGGUGACCCCCAAAACUAAACAGGAGCAGGGAGGACACUCCCACAUGCAGACAUACCUGGGCCCAAUCAACAGGUGUAUGGCAUUGGCAAAUAGAAUGGCUCCUGCAAAGGACAACCAGCCAUUUUGGUCCAUCUCUGUUGGCAUCCCACAUGACCAUUUGUCCCCUAUGUUGCCUGAUAGGCCAGCCUUGCCUGGUAGCACCCCAACAGGACUUGUAGCCCCACUCCAUUUCCUCCUUAUCCUUACUUCUCCUCAUCAAUCCCCCCUCCUCCCUUCCUCCGACUGGCUGCCUCACACAUCCUGGCAGCAACACCCACCCCACCUGUGCACCCAAAGGCAUCUGCUGCCUCAGUCAAGGGCAUGUGAGUGAGCCCCUCUGCUUUAGAUGCCCAUUCUGAGACCAGCCUCAGCCAGAGCAAAUGAGGGCAUGGGAAAAGCAUCUCAACUCACCACACCCUAGCAACAAAGACACAAUUCAUGUGGCAAAGGCAAAGCAUGUAUUGCCCAGCAUGCAGGAUGUAGUGGAUCCUGAAAGGCAUGGAAAGGGAGCUUUUGGCUCUCCACAUGUCCUUGGACUACAAUUCCCACCAUCCCUGACCACUGGCUUUGAGGUCUGGGGCUAAAAGGGAAUUAAGAAUCCAACAGUGUCUAGAAGGCCACAGAGUCUCUGGCCUAACUGAGUGGGAUUGUCACCCCAGCAGGGCACAUUGGGUGCAGUAUCCUUAUGGCUUUAGCUUCACCCCAGAAACUCCUUCACCUGCUGCCUGUUUGUCAUAGAACAUGCAAGGUUAGAGGAAACUCUUGGAAAAAGUAGGAUUUCAACCCCACAGAGGAAACGUCAGGCACAUCCAUCCUGGUCUUUUUGCUGCUCCCCUUCAGAGGCAGAUGUAGGGGAGUGCAACUGGUUUUCCCACACUGGGUGCUGAGCCGAGAGGGCACUACAGGGGGCGCAGCAACAAUGACAAACAAUGGAAAGUGAGAUGUGGAGGGGUGCUGAAUGUUGGGGUCACACAGGGCGCUGCUGAAAUUAAAAGCCCAAAGCCACUGUUCUCCUUCUAGGCUGCAUAGAAUGGGGUGUGGGAAAGAUCCUUUAGCAAUAGGAAAACAGCCUGCCAAGAGUAAAGGGUGGCCCAAGAAGACAGCAAUGACUGGAGGACAUCGUCUCAGGGUCUCUGUGUGUUUGCUUGUGAGGAGUUAAGAGAGUGGUGCCACUUGAGUGCCCAGGCAGUGAUCAUGCCUCAGCCUCCCCAUCACUGGAGGAGAGAAAGAGAGCGUCCUGACUAUAAGCAGACUCACUCCCUUCCCCUUUGGGGGUAGCAGUGGAACUCAGUGUACAGUGACAGCUUGUUCUGCUUCAUGCAUCUGUGCUGCUUUCUGAAAGCAGAGUCCUUAAUUUGCCCCAGUUGGCAAGAAGGUUGUGGCCAGAGACCAGAGCCUGAACUGAGUCCAGGAAAUGUAUUUGAAAUGCAUCAGCAGAAUGCGUUUCAGUUUAUAAAAGAUGUAAGCAUAAGGAAUAUUAAAGAGAAAUUAAAAGCACAUAAUAUAUUAAUGAACCUUGAGAAGGAAAGGAUAAUAUAAAGAACAGUGUAUAUAAUACAAUAAAAUACAAUGAUUACAUGAAAAAAACAAAAUAGGAUAUGAAUAUGCAAUCUGAAGCCCCAAAGUGAAAUAACUGUUCUAUGUUGUGUUGGGAUUAAUAAAAAGUUUACCUUUUAAAUUUAGCUCUAAUUAGACAGAAGAAAAAUACAGUGGUACCUGAAAUAGUGCUUCAGGUUAAGAACUUUGCUUCAGGAUAAGAACAGAAAUUGUGCUCUAGCAGCGCGGCGGCAGCAGGAGGCCCCAUUAGCUAAAGGUUAAGAACAGUUUCAGGUUAAGAACGGACCUCCAGAACGAAUUAAGUACUUAACCCGAGAUACCACUGUAUCAAAAAAAUCUUAUGGAACAACUAUGGCAAACAAAAAUUGUGGGAUGUAAAACUUAAACCAACUCUACUUUGAUUUUUCACCUAACACUCCCACCAGACCAGUUCAAGCUAAUGCUAUGUUACCUAGUACUUACGGUCUAAAUAUUAAGAAAAGAGAAAUGAAAGUAUAUCCACCUAUCCAAGCAGUGCCACAAAGGAACAAGUUAGUGUGGCUUAGGGGAGAUUUGGAAGAUGGAUCCAAUGGGUAGGAUUCAGAAGAAUCCAAGUGGAGGGGAAAGACUGAGAAACAAAAUUGUGACAUUUAACCCUCACCAGGAAACAAGCAAAAAUUAAAUAAGAAAACUGUAUAUAUAAAAACUGCUAAAAUUUAAAUCUGCUCAAGAUUGCUUGUGAGUCAGAGAUCCAGACCCAAAGGGCUAGUUUAGGGGAAUAUUAUUAUAAUAUUUCUUCAAAACCAAAGAAGGGGCAGUUUCAAAGUAAGAAAUCCUUUCUUCUCUCAAAGAGAAGGCGAAAAGGUAAACUGGGUUCCCAAGGCCCCAGAAUAAGCAAAGGCAUAUUAGCAAACUGGUGCUAAGCUAAACAUAAAUUGAAAUGAAAUGAAGUAUAACAAAAUAAAAUAAAGCAAAGAAGUGAGCUGUAGCACUAAGCACAAUCUCUUUUUGAUCCACCAUUGACACCCCAAGUGUUCUGCCUUUUGAUUUAUUGUUUGUUGUCACCUCACUUUUUCCUCACAAAAAAAAAAUCUCUUCUGUAUUCCUAACUGGCAAGUCAUGGGGCAGACAUCUGCAGAAACAGUUUACCAUUGUUUUAUGGGACUGAUGUAUUCUCAAGCCUUAUCGAGGUGCAGGGAGAAUCAUGAAGGUCGUCUAGUGCUGCUAGCCAAAUGGAGUAACAAAUCUUCGUAUCUUCUCUGUACUGGCGUACUGUCUUAGCUUGACUAAGGCCUUGUCAGCAUUUUUGCUCCCCACAUUGCGGAGUCCAGACAGCGAGAGGCAUUUUUGCCAUCGGUACAGACUUUCCUGUCUGCUUAAUACCAUGAGCCAGUUUCUGGACUGAAGUUUGCUUCCAUUCCACUCCAUAGCUCUCUGCGGGCAAUCACCUUCCCCAUGCAUGCAGAUUCCCUUCCGAACGAGCUACGUAACAUGAUCCACCAAGGAAAAAGUGCUCAGGAGUGUUUGAUCAGUGUUUGCAAUGGUUAGAGUGGAUUGCCUGGCCUUUGCCAACAGAAUGCUUACCUAAAUGUGGGAGUGAGUGCCUCCAUCUGUGUGGAAGACACCGCUCCCUCCUUUUGGAAGAGAAGGGUGUCAGAACUGGACAGUUCAGACAUGAGAUGUGACAAAGGACAUGGGUGGGGCAGAAUUGAAGACCCUGUCAGAGUGUUUCCUAUCCCCAGAGUUCCUUCUUGGAAGCUCUAAUUGUGCAUGACAUGAGGCUAGAAAAAGACAGACCUAGGCUAUAUAUCCUAUCAUUUGAGCUGUUGUCUACCUGCAUGAAAUUUAUAUUACCUGUGGUGGUGGGACAGGCUGCAGGCUUAUGUUGUAUCCUAUGUACUGCUACACCAACAUGGGUGGGGCAAGAGAUGUGUGGGGCUGGGCAGCUAUUCCCCUCCCUUGUCACACUGAAGUCCAUGGAAAGUGGGACUAACGUGAAGUUGUGCAGCCAAGAGUGUUGGUCUGGCUGUGGUAGUAGUACAGUGGAACCUCGGUUUUCAAACAUAAUCUGUUCCGGAAGUCCAUUCAACUCCAAAACGUUCAAAAACCAAGGAUCAAAGGGCUGUCAGCAAGUUCAGUGGGGAAAAUUGAGAAAUGCACCUUGGAAGCCAUUUGACUUCCGAGGCGUGUUCAAAAACGGAAGCAUUCACUUUUGGGUUUUCAGCGUUCAGCUUCCAAAACAUUCGGCAGCCGAGAUGUUCAAAAACCAAAGGUUUGACUGUAUAGGAUUUGACGCAAAUGUGCUCCUCUCAGCCCUUGCCUCCAUCAGCAUAUGGGAGGAAGAGUUUUGCCAGAAUAUGUGUCAUGCCAAUGUGUCAUGCCAAUGGGCUUCCACCACUUUCUAAAGCCCAUCAGCCAACAGAUCUGGAGUAUAGGAUCAUGCACAUAGUUAACUCAAUAAGCAGCACAGCUGAUACGUGCAGCAUCUGUAGUUCCAGUUACCACCAUUGCAACACACACCUGUCCUCCCUGGGGCUGGCAGCAGAAACCCUCCUGCCCCCUUAAGAAUGAUGGCAUUCCUCAUGUCUUUGACAGGAACCCGGCACUUUCUGCUCCUGUGCUGUGUCCGUCCUGAGGAUUCGGGCCAGGUCCGCUUUGUGGCAAAGGCAGCUGCUUCUGAAGCCCGCCUGGAAGUGGAGGGUAAGGGAGCUGCUUCACCAUUGGCCCUCAGCUAUCAUGUGAGAAUGGAUUGCAAUGAUAGGCAAACAUGAAUUGAUGUGAUUGACCAUUGCAGGAGAAGUGUGAUGCCACCCAAUGUAUGUUAUGGAUUCACAGUGUUUUGAUAAAUGGAGGUCUCUGUUACUCUGGGUCACUGGCUGUACUAUUAUAUACAGAGAUUUCCAUUACACAAGGUUAUGAGCAUAAUCUCAACCUGACAAACCAUAAGAUACUUUCUGCCACAUCUUCUACAUUUUUCAGCCUAUAUACUCUGCAACAUAAAUGGAAUAAAGAACUCUAAAUAUAGGCAGGUGGGAAGAAUGGGCUGGGAUUAGCAGGUGUGGUAGGAAAGUGUGUGUGUGAUGUGGGGAGUCUGGGCAAGCAGGCCUGUAUCUGGGAAGAUCUCUGAAUGGAUGCAUGUAUGAGUUGGUAUCAACUUAAGGGAACACACAACUUGUGUUGAUGAAUGGUAGGAUUGCAUGUUAGGCAGGUUGCUGGGCAUGUAUCGUAUCUAGCAAAGGACAAAGGUUGGUGCCUGUGUGGGGUUUGAGGCUCCAUCCCUAGCCAGCUUGAGCCUCUUUGGAGGUUGCUUUGAUCCAACCAUCUCUGGAGGAACUGGAACUUGUGCAUGUGUCUUCUGCUUCCAUAGCACUGCCCAUCCGCAUCGUGAAGCCGCUGAGGGACAAGACUGUGCUCGCACGGCACAAAGCCACGCUGGAAUGCACAGUGUCUCAGUCUCGUGGCCGAGUGUGUUGGUUCCGUGGGGACACAGAGAUCUUUGCUGGCAACAAGUACGAAAUCUGCAACUUGGACUGCUACCGAACCCUCGUUAUCCACAGCGUUGAGCCUGCAGAUGAGGGCCUGUAUACAUGUGAUGCACUGGACGACCGCUCCACAGCCCGUCUGCUGGUGGAAGGUUAGGGGGAACAUGCAAGUACCAUGAAGAACUACAGAGGGGUGGAGAUGGGUGGGCCCAGAGGGGAGUUGGCAACCAAUGCUGUGAAUUUGGUAUGAAGUUGUCUGCCAGCCAGGGUAGAGGGGAUAAUGAUGAAAAGCAGGCAGUGCCACUGUAGGGGGACAGGCAGGCUGCUGUGUCACAUGGGAAACUGGUGCUGUUCUCUGCCCCUGCAGCUGAAGGGAUCCAGGUGGUGCGAGCAUUGCGGAACGUAGAUGUGGUGGCUCCUGCAGAGGCUCGGUUUGAGUGUGAAAUCUCUGCUCCCCCGGCAUGCAGCCCGCAGUGGAGUCUCAAUGGAGAAGACUUGCAGCCCGGCUCACAAGUGCACAUGGAGAGCAUGGGGCAUAUCCACAGGCUGAGGCUCUGCCAGACAACCCCUGGCAUGAGUGGGAUGGUGAAAGUUACUAUUGGCAAUGCCCGUUCUAAAGCCCACCUCACAGUCCGAGGUACGUGUGCCUGGCAGCAGAGUGGGUUGGUAGCAGGGAAGAAAUUGAAGAGGGUAUGUGUGUUUGUGUGUUCCAGGACAUAAAAAUGCAAGCUGUUUUUUAUCCUAAAAUGGCGGAAUGGUGAACCCUUGUCCUGUAGAAAGAACCAUGGGAGAAAAAGACCAGUCCUUCUGCAUGGUCUUGGGCGCUGCUGUAGACUUAGCUGGGUCACAACAAGACAGUGAGAUGACACAUUGGUGCUGGGUGACAAAAUGCAGAAGGGAAAGCUGGGCUGUGUGCUUGGGUUCAACAAGAGACUGUGUAUGCCAUGGGUAGCCAGUGUGAUGCCCCACAGUUGCUGUUGGGUCUCCCAUCAGCCCUCAUCACUGGCCCCGUUGGCUGGGACUGAGCACCUGGAGGGCCACAGGUCCCCUAUCCCUGGUCUAAGCAGUAUCACUGAGGGAAGAAGAGGUGGUUGAACGGUGCCUCUGCCUUGAGAGCAUUUCUCUCUAAUGCCUUAUUCUCUCCACAGAGCGCUAGCAUCAGGGAGACCCUGUGAGCAAAAGAGCCAUGUGUGAGCAUGGAAAGCCCUGGGGCUACCAGGGGAAGGUGGAGACAGCAUGUUUGACACUUGCAUGGACAGCCUGAAGAAUGGACACACACACACAAAGAGAGAGAAUUCCUCUUCCUAUCUCCCUCUUCUGCAUGACAAGGGAAGCAAGAUCUGCUUUUAUUAAAUGCUCAUGAUUCCUGGUUUGUUUAUUAUUGUUGUUAUGCUGGUGCUCUUUGGUAGGUGAGAUGGCUCUUCUGGGCGGGAUGUCUCAUCAGUCGCCUAGACAAGCAGAAGGAUGGUGAGGCGCUGGAGCUGUGCCACCUGUGCCUCAGCCACCCUUCAGCACGCUCCAGUGUAAGGCUUUUUAAACUGCAGGGACAGCAGUUUCCUACAGGCGAGUAGGUGGGUGUGUUGCUGUGACAGGCGACUGCUGUUUCCUCCUUCUCUC